AUGGCUCUUGAUGGGACUCAGACCAGACUCUUCACCGGAAGCACAGAUGGAACCGUAAAGGUGUGUAUGUGUUUGUGUCGGGGGAGAAGCCACUUCACUCAAUAUGCAAUUUCGCAGACUACACGGGCUAACAACAGUGCAUGGCUCUGUUGCAGGAGUUGCAGGGGGUAAAUAUUAGCAACUGGAUUCUGGAAUGACAAAAUGGUAAAGGGAAACAGAUUGGGCUGGAAUCUGUGUAUCUGAAGAAGUGUGCAUGCAGCCAAAAGCUUAUACCAAGAACAAACUUAGUUGGUCUCUAAGGUGCUACUGGACAAUUUAUUUAUUUUUAAAAUAUAUUUAGAUUGGGCUGGAAUUUAUCUGAAUUUCCCCCCACAAAUUUAUCCCAUUGGUUUCAAUGGAACCUUUGUUGAGCUCACUUUGCCAAGACCUGAUCCAUUACCAGUAUUUCAAUUGCCAGCUUUAUAUAGAAUAAAAAGAGUUCUCUGCCUUAGGUGGGAUGGAGAAGGCAUGGUAAUAGUACUUCAGAAUGUAGUUGGGAUGCUACAUUUUUGGAGUGCUUUUUUACAUUAGAAACUCUUACAUAAUAAAAGCCAAGCAUGUUAGAUCAAAGACUUGGCUCCUUGAUGGGCUAGCUUUCGAUGAGAAGGGGUGGUAAGGAGAAGCAUGAAGUUAUUCAACGCACCACAUGCAUGUUGAAAAGAUUAUGGUCUAUCCUUGCCUACAAAAAUGGAGAUAAUGUUUUUUUUAAUAAGAUAUUUAUUAAGGUUUUUUGAAAUAUUACAGUAAAAAUGAAGAAGAAAAGAGAAAAAUACAAAAUAAAAACAGUUAAAAACACACAUAUUUUCAGUUACUUAUUUUCCUUUAGCUUGUUUCCCGGACCUCCUCGUACCUCCCUUUUUUGUAUUCCACUUCAGUUUAUUGGUUCAGCAAAUCCUUACCAUUAGAUUUUAACCCAUUUAUAACCCUUUUUUUCAUAUUCUCUUAAAGCAUUACAGCUAGAAACCGCUUAAUUACUAUCCAACAUCCUUCUAUCAUUCAUUAAUUUUACAAUAUUUCUGUAAAUAGUCUUUAAAUUUCUUCCAAUCUUCUUCCACCAACUCUUCCCCCUGGUCUCGGAUUCUGCCAGUCAUUUCUGCCAAUUCCAUAUAGUCCAUCACCUUCAUCUGCCAUUCUUCCAAAGUGGGUAGAUCUUGUGUCUUCCAAUACUUUGUAAUGAGUAUUCUUGCUGCUGUUGUAGCAUACAUAAAAAAGUUCUGUCCUUCUUUGGCACCAAUUGGCCGACAAUGCCCAGAAGAAAGGCCUCUGGUUUCUUCAAGAAGGUAUAUUUAAAUACCUUUUUCAGUUCAUUAUAUAUCAUUUCCCAGAAAGCCUUAAUCCUUGGGCACGUCCACCAAAGGUGAAAGAAUGUACCUUCAGUUUCUUUACAUUUCCAACAUUUAUUAUCGGGCAAAUGGUAGAUUUUUGCAAGCUUGACUGGGGUCAUGUACCACCUGUAUAUCAUUUUCAUAAUAAAAAAUGGAGAUAAUGUUUUAACCUCCAGUGGAAAGUGCUUUGAGAGUUAUGCAGAAGUGCAACAGCUCUUCAACCAUUUAUGCUUAAUUCAGCACAUAAUUCCUUCAGUUCAGGAAACCUUUCCUGCUUUAAUUAGCAGCAAUUAAAAAGCUUUUGGGAUUACUGGAGUUUUGCAUACAGGGCAUGUUUUUACCCACCCUUGUUAGCAAAGGAAAGGAACGAUGAUAUAAAUACAAAAUAAAUACCAAUAUUUUAUUUCCAUGUGGUCAGUUCUUCUGGCUGGCAAUUAUUGUCUGCCUAACAGGAAUCACUGCAGAAUAAUUAUAGUAGAGAUGGAUGGAGCUCACACUGAAUUAGAUUGGAAAUAAGCCAAGCCUUACCAAAAAAGCAGGAAAUGGCUUGUCUCAUAUCAAGUCCAAUCCAAAUUUGACUCCCCUCUUUGACGAUAGUCAGAGAUCAUUUAUAGACCUCCGAGUUCCCUGGCUUCAUGCAGAUGAGAGAUCAGUCCUUGAAGUAUGGGAGGCGGAAAGUUUGCAACAGCUGAAAGUGCUGCUGGAGAGGGGAAAUCCAACUCACCAUGGAAGACUAGAUUUUUGGUGCAGAGGUGGGUUAUCUGCAGGAGGCCUAUGGUGCUAAUCCUUCAAUCUGGGCCUCGUAUUCCAACUACUAAAAAGAUCUUUGUUUAUUUUGCUAAGCAGAUAUCACUUUCCUGCUUAGUUGGAACAAUAAGGGGAAUUGUUGUUAAGGACCCUAAUUUCCAUACCCAUUGUGUAAAGCAGUGAAAUCUCUUAGGUUGCAGUCCUGAUCAUAUUGAUUCAGAAUUAAGCCCAGUUCUUUUUUUUAUGGGGGGACACAGGGGUACACAUGCCCCUAAACAUUUUGUGAAUUUUUGUACUUUCACUGUCCAUUUACUGUACAGUGGUACCUCUGGAUGAGAAUGGGAUCCAUUCCGGAGCCCCAUUCGCAUUAUGAGCAGAAUGCAACUUGCAUCUGUGUGUGUGCGGGUCACGAUUCGCCACAUCUGUGCAUGCGUGUGACGUCAUUCUGAGCGUCUGUGCAUGCGCAAGCGGCGAAACCCGGAAGUAAGCUGUUCCGUUACUUCCGGGUCGUCGCAGGACGCAACCUGAAAAGAUUUAACCUGAAGCGUCUUUAACCCAAGGUAUGACUGUAUUUAUUCUCUCUGAUUUGAACUAUAAAAUGGAGAUUUUCUUGAGUCAAAAUGAAAGUACCCCUAAACAUAUUUUUUUUAAGGAAAAAAGCACCGAUUAAGCCCUAUUGAAUUCAUUGAGGCAUUCUCCCGAGUCAGUCAGUUUGGGAUUGCAACCCUACUGGUUUAAGAAAAUCAGGGCUGUGUUUUCAAAAGCCAUUGUUCCAUUCCAGCGAAAGUUAUUGAUGACCAAAUUGAGUUGGUAAUGGCUAAAAUCCCAUGCAGAUGUUACAGCUACGUACAGUGAAUGUGCUUAGGGCCCUCACCCAUAACAUCUGUGUGCUCAGCUGAACAUUCACAUGAGACCCAUAUACCUGUAUUCCUGCUUGCAAGAUAAGAACCCAAUGUUCGUACAGUUGUACACAUGUAAAAUCCACUGAGACAUUCAGCUGAACAUACAGGUGGAAUCUACACACAUAUAAAAAACAUUCUGAAAAUGCCUUUUUUAAAAAAAGUGUUUUAAAAAAUACAUUGAAUUUUCCAUAAGGCUCAUCGCCAUCUUAGUGUCACAUUGUAUAUUGCACUUAAAACACACUUAAAAUGUUUUCUUUGCAAAUGUAUACCUGAGUCCACAGAGAUCUCCCCCUGCCAUUCCUCUUGCACUUCCACUGUGCAUUAGGAAUGGGGAAUCUGUGGUCCUCCACAUGUUGUUGGCCUCCAACUCUGAUCAGCCCUAACCAGCAUGGCCAAUAGUCAGGGAUGAUGGGGACUGGAGUACACCAGCAUCUUUUGGAAACCACAAAGCCUAGGACUUGCCAAUCAGAAGGUCAGCGGUUCGAAUCCCCGUGAUGGGGUGAGCUCCCGUUGCUCGGUCCCUGCUCCUGCCAACCUAACUGUUCGAAAGCACAUCAAAGUGCAAGUAGAUAAAUAGGUACCGCUCCAGCGGGAAGGUAAACAGCAUUUCCGUGUGCUGCUCUAGUUUGCCAGAAGCGGCUUAGUCAUGCUGGCCACAUGACCCGGAAGCUGUACGCCGGCUCCCUUGGCCAAUAAAGCAAGAUGAGCGCCGCAACCCCAGAGUCGGUCACGACUGGACCUAAUGGUCAGGGGUCCCUUUACCUUUACCUAUCUAGACAGGAGUGCCUAACGUGCUCUGGUCCAUAGGGUCACGAAGAGUCGGACACGACUAAACUACUAAACAACAACAAUCUGCAUAGCCUCUAACUUUAGCCAGGUGCAGGUUCAUGAAUGUCCUUUUACUCAGCUUUAUUCUUCCACAACUGCACUGAGAAAAGCUACUGCAUUUUUCGGUAAGUGUGAGCACAUCAGUCUUACACAGCAGAGUCCUUCCCACUGCAUGUUAUGUGACGCUUUUAAUGGAAGAUUACAGGGACCGAAGCUGGGAUUUCCUGCAUGAAAAACUUGUGUCCUACCAACAAGCAAUGCUCCCCCCCCACCUUACAUUAAAUAGGUCUAUGUCUUAGCAGUGUUUAUGUUCUUACAUGUUUUGAUGUGUUGCUUCUGAAAUUACCAAGAGACAUUUCCUACUUUGUUUUGUGACAUAUUGUUUUCCUAAUUUAAAUUGCAGAUCUGGGACUUCAACGGACAUUGUCACCAUAAGCUCAAUGCCGGAAGAGACCGAGCAGUUGAAAUCUCCCAGAUCAUGGUGCUAAGCUGGACUAUAUUAGUUCUGGGCUGGGACAGGUACUGUGUAAAUAUCAAGCCGCAAUGUUGGAGAAUGUGCAAAUUGGAAAAGUGUACUUUUUUUUGCUUCCAUUUCUGGAGAUAACAUCAACUAAUGCUUAUCUCUCCAGGCUGUCACACCAAUUCAAGGGCUGUUUGAUAACUGAAUCCAAGAACAGAUUUAGCAGUGUCUGUGUGUCAUCUGAGAAAGGAUGUGAUAUUCAAAGGUGCAGCGUAGCAGGAAAGGAUCUCAUCUGUCUUGAUCAGGGACACCAUUUGAGAUUUCCUUGAGGGGGAGUGGGGAAGUGAGUCUUUCCAAAAGGUUCUGUGGGAAAUGUCCUUGGAUGUAGUCAAGACUAAAUUGCACAACAACAAUGUAUUUUAGGAAGGUUUUUUUUUUAAACAUGUCACUAAAGCAACCUUUCCAUCCUGGUGCCCUCCAUAUGUUUUGGAUUCCAACUCCCAUCAGCGCCAAUUGUCAUAGCCAGGAUGAUGGGAGUUGUGGUCUGAAAUCUGAAGGGCAUCAGAUUGGGAGAGCCUGAAUUAUAGCAAAGUGUGUAAUCCAAUCUCCCUUUUUUAUUUAAACACAGGGAUAUGGUCCUCCUGCUAAUGCAUGCCUAGUGUGAUAUUUUGUGAGCAGGAAAGACCACAACAGUGAUAAAGAACCUGGUUUGCAUGAAGAAGGUCUCAGGCUCAGUUCUUGGCAUCCUGUCCUUGGGAUCCUGGCAAAUCCUGUUUCCAGUUAAGGGUCAUGGGAGACACUAUUUCCCAAGACCCUCAUGUCCCUCUAACUAUUCCACAGGCCCAACAACCUGGUUUGCAUGCAGAAGGUCUCAGGCUCAGUCCUUUGCAUCCUUUAUAAGGAUCCUGGCAAAUACUAUUUCCAGUUAAGGGUCAUGGGAAACACUAUUUCCCAAGACCCCCUGUCCCUCUACCCAUUCCACAGGCCCAACAACCCUAGAUCCCCAAUGCUGGCUAUUAAAAAAAAAGUGAUGCAAGGGCAAACAAAUGUCACAUCUACUGUAGCCAUUGUGGUGGAAGAGUAUUACAAUCCUUUCGUCUCUACCGCAUAGAUGGAUUGUUAACCUGUUUUUCUCUUCUAAAAGUGACCCAACACGGAGAAGCUUAAUUCCCUUCACGUAGUCCAGUUCUCCAAAGGCCUGAUGAGUGCAUGAACUGAUGUUCUGUGUUGGGUGGGGCGGCAACCAAUUUCAUGACACUCAAACGUGUCCUAGUUGAGCCCUUGUGGGAUUACUCUCAAGUGUAAUAUUCUAGCACUGCUUUAUUUGGUGAGUUCUUUACUUUAAAAAAGUUCUUUUUUUUGUUUUCUGCUGGAGGUAGAUAAAGCCAUUAAAAUUGUUUAAAGAUCCUGGCAAGGAGGGGAUGAGCUAUAUAUUUCCUCCACCAAGAUGUUCUGCAAAAAAAUAAUGGCAGGACUUAAUUAGAAACCCUUCUGUCCAUAAAUUUGAAAACUUAGACAACACUCAAAGGCUGCUUCCUCUAUAGAGGCAGAGGCUCAUUGCUGUUGUUCACUAUAAAAUUAUGUGGAGGGUCUGGAAAUUAGGGUGAGAUGAAUUGCUUUUUGUGCAUAUUUCUUUUCCUUUGAAAUUAUUUUUCUACAGGUCCAGAAACUUUCUCCCUUCCCCCAGUCUCUCUCUCCCCCACCUACAAAUUCUCACUUGCUAUAGUGGAAAAGAGCUUAGAUGAAGAUUGCCAGAGAAUUCCGACAUAAGCAGAAGCAGGAAUGGAAAUUGCUAAUUUUUUUUUUUAGCCGUUCCAUGUCCAAAAUGGAAAUCAGUACAGCAGAUAUUAGUAUUUGCUGUUGCUGCCUUUAGUUCCAGAACAAUAUGUAAUUGAUUGCCUCUCUCCCAUUUGCGUUCUGCUUCCUUUACAAGGAAAUUAAUGAGGUGGAAUAAGAUGGUGGUGAUAGAACUUACAUAAUAAAUUAUGCACAUUAUGUAAUUUCACCACAGCGGGCAGAGAGAUAAAUAACAUAGUGUUUGGCAGAAGUUGAACUGCAGUAGAACAGAAACAGUGCUGCAUGCAAUUAACACAGUGCUGAGCAGGAAAUGAUUCCUUCUUACAUCCCUAGCUUUGGACCCAGAGACCAAAAUUAUCCUUUCCCAUCACCUCUUUCCCACUGCAGCAUAUUUUGUCCCCCACUAAAAAGCCAGUUCUGAUGGCCAGGCACCCUUCAGCAAAUUUUGAGCUGUAGCUAUGAAUGAAUCUGUCAAUUUUGAUUUCUCUCAUUUUCUCAUUUUUCCAAUCUUAGGUUCAUUCCUCCAUGUUCCUUCAUCAGUUCACAAUUUUUUAAAUUGAAUAAGUCCUCAUGAAAAUCUUGUCAUACAUACAUUUUUGCCUAAUAAAACACAUUUUUUUGUAUGUUAUUUUCAUUAAUAUAUGCCUUUUUAUACAUAUUUCCCCCCAUUGUGCACAUUUUUCUGGACAUUGCUUCUCUGGGAAACUGCACUUCAAAAUUUGGAGAAGUGCAAAUUUCUCAGGAUGGCUGCAUUUCUGUUCAUUUCUUGUUUGGGGAAGUUAGAAUAUGCAAACUGAACCAAAUUCCCCUCCCCUCCCUAAUGGGAUAUUGUGGAGAAGAAGCUGCAGAAAGUAGAGCGUGGAAACCAGAGUCUCUCUAUUCCUUUGUCCCCCAUACAUACACACACGUUAACAAAAUAUUCCAUUUGUGGAAGAGGUUCUUUGUAGCCAAGUCAGUGCUAUUUACAGAACCAACAUUAUGAGACAACAGAGCUUAAAAAGCUAAGGUUGCCUCCAUUUAUUUUACGAAGUCUAUGUAGCUGCUAGUUACCCAAAGAUAAAGGUUAUCACUUAGGUCUAUACAUUACCUUAGUCACAGGAUUAUUGAUUGUGUUUAUCGUUUGAUAAAUUGGAUGCAUGGAAUUGAUCUCAUCAGUUGUUAUGGGUUAUUGGGCUGGCCAGUUACUGAACAGAUGCCACACUGAUAGGUGAUGACUAUCAAGUGUCUUCUAUCACCUGUGCAUAAAUUGAAGAUCAUCCCUCCAUCGCUUUUCUCCGCCGAAGGGUACUGCAUUCAUCUGAUAAAGCAGCUGUCUUCAUAGCAAUUAGCCACUUACUCCAAACCACCAAAUGAUUACACGAUGGUUGCACUUGUUGAACAGGACAUUGGGAAUUGGCUCAAAACAGGGACAAAGUAAAACACUGUUCAAAGAUUUAAAUGUACUUUGAAACUGUGUAAGUGGUGGGCCGACCCUAUCAUUGGGAAAAGUGUGGCAGCCACCUCAGGUGGCAGAAGCCAGGGGAGCAGCAACAACAAAGGCAGUGCUGUGUGUGCCACGUGGUCUGUCCAGCACAUCCUCAGCCAAUCUCUUGCCCUCAGGUGUGGUGGAGGACAUGACAACAUUAAAGAAAUAUUUUUCUGGUCAGCAUCUGUUAUGUGUAUUGGGGGAGGCACCAUCUUGUCACCUCAGGCAGCAAAAUGUCUUGGGCUGGCCCUGGUAGCUGGUAUCUUGUAGCCAUGAAAUUUCAUUAGGCAAAAUUCUGCUUCAUCCAAUAUAGGAAGUGGACUGAGAAGGCGGCUAGUGCAGCAGAUAGGAAUGUCAGAGAAUUCUGGCAGAAACAGGAGUGGAAGUUGCCCCAUUACUCACCCAUUUCCAGAGCAAAAAUCAGUUCAGCGAAUGGGAUUCACGUUCAUUGUUGCUGUUGCUUUCAUUCUCCAAAUGGUUUGUAAUUGCCCCUAAUUUGAGUGGGGGCAAAUGCUUUCAGCCUGUAAUUGGUGUGUAAACCCCCCCAUUUGCAUUAUGCUUCUUUGCAUUUACAUGCAAAAAGAAAGUUAAAUCCUUGUGAUUUACAAAAUUAAUUAUGUAAGUGGUAUAAUACUGUCAAAGUGGAGAUUGAGGUGAAUAAUGUAGUUUUGGGCAGAAGGCGAACUGCAACAGAGGUGAAACAGUGUUGCAUGUGAUGAAUACAGGGUGGAAUGUAAAAUGAUGCCUUCUUAUACCCCUUGCAGUGAUUGGAAAUUUAUUUUGUUCUGUCACAGGAGUGGGCUGGCCAGUAAUCACAUAGUUCAAACAUGUAGUUAACUGUUAGCAAAAAUACAGUCUCCACAGUCUUGGUUGAGGGUCAGGCCUAAUGAGCAGAGCAGCUCAUUUCCCAUUGACUUUACUCCAUGAAAAUCAGUUGCCAAGACUGAAAGUCUCUACUCCUCACAUCCAUUUAAGUUCCCUCAUCUCCAGGCUUUCCCCAAAACAAUUGGAGACAGUGCCUACGUGCAGCCGACCUCUUCUCCACCCUUUUCAUGCCUCUUCUGGUUCUGAGAGACAAAGCGGGAGGGGAGCUUGUAGCAGCAGGAAGGGGAGAUACCUGUGAGUCUUCACCAGCCUGACUUAUCUCUGCCUCUUGGCCUUCUUCCACCCACUCUCCUGCUUCAGCUUCUACUUCUGAUUCUUGACUUCUGUAUGCCAUAGACUCUCCCUGCUCUUCUUGUUACCUCCUCAGCUUCUGACACGUCCUCUUCCCAAUCCUUUCCCUCUUCUCCCUGAAACCAUUCAUCAUUGUCCCACCACCACUUCCUGGGUUCUGAGCCUUCUUCCAUUGGUGGUUCUCCAGCUGGUUCCUCCCACCACCCCUCUGCAUCCAACCAGUUCAUGACACUAACUCUCUCUGCACUCCCAUGCUUUGCUGGCAAGUACUUCUGCCAGAGGUCCCACUCCUUUAAACAGAUCCAGUGCUUUUUUUCUGGGGGGGACACAGGGGUACGCAUACCCCUAAACAUUUUGUGAAUCUAACAGGAGAAGAAACUAAAAAUUUUAAAUUUUUAGUUUCUUCUCUAGCACGGUGAAUCGUCAGUUCUGUUGAAUAGCAUGGUGAAUUGCCAGUUCCAUUGCUACCCCUAAUGGCAGCCUCAUUUCCUGUCCUUGUGUUUCCUGAGUCUCAGACGGAAGCGAGCGUUUAAUGUGUGAAGUAGGAGUUGGAAUCUAGCAUGGCGAUUGGUCAGUUUCGUUGUUACCACCUCCAGUGGCGGCAUCAUUUCCUUUCCCGGUGAUUUUCUUGAGUCAAAAUGAGAGUAUCCCUAAACAUUUUUUAAGGGGGAAAAAAAGCACUGAACAGAUAUCUCAGGGGUGGGCUUGCAAUUGAAGAGUUGAGCAGUGUAUCUCAAGGCUAUGGAGUCAAUCUGGGGGCUUUUAGUUGCUGACCACAAGUAUAGAGGAACAGAGGCGCAAAGACUCCAAACAGCAAAAGUAAGAAGGAAAGAUAAUGAGGAUGCAAAGAACACAUCCUGGUAAGGGCUAAAAAUAAAGACACUACAUAAUCUAAAUCAUCAGUUCAUGAAUAUUAAACCUGAAGGAAGUGCACAAACAAGUGGGAAGCGGUCUUUUUAUAGGGGAGAGACUGGUGGGUGAUGUGCAGAGUUACUGCUGCCAUUGCUCAUUAGUCUCUAUCUGAUUCUAGACAUGACACAUUUGUGUGCACUUUCUGUUUUCCUGAAUGUCCCAUCCAACGUCUUCCGCCUAAUUGGAAGAUGCACAAGUUGUCCGUCCAUCAUGAACUUGAACAUCUUUUAAGGGAUGAGAGGGGAGAACGAAAGCAGGCAAAUGAGCUGCGAAACGCAGUGGGACAGGAAGUGUGAGGCACUUACGGUUAUGCUAUUAAAAAUUCAUAAUAAGUAAACAAGGUGCCUAGAGGUUUGCAGUCUUUAAAAUCUCCUGUAGCAUAGCGUGAGUGCGUGAUGAUAUCAAAAUCUGGGUUUUCUCCCCUCGAGCCUGUUCUGUCUGAUACUGCUCAGCUGAGGACCCUGGCUUCUCCUCAUUUCUUCUGAGCAAAUUCUAUUGGCACGGGAAAUAAAAAAUCAAUGUAAAUAUGCUUAAAGAGAAUGGAAAAUGGGGGCAGCGCUGGUUGCUCUACAAAGCCUGCUUUAGUCAGGAUAAGUGUUGUGGUUUUAUAAACUAUAGAUUAGGCAGGAUUAAGGGGAUUCAGCCUCUGCUUGCUGAUCUCUACUCUCUCAGCAGAGUGACCAAAAAAUAAAUAAAUCCUUAUUUCAAGGUACUGUUCUUUUUUCUGCAAGACCUUAGUUCCAGGGGGAAAAUACAUCCUGAAUCUGACUCUGAGGUAACCAAGGCAGGAGAGUGUGAAUGCCUUAUCCAUAUUCUAUUGCAUUCAGAGACAACAAAUUAACUCUGUGCUGUCUCUUAGAGACAAAUCAGCCCCCCCCCUCCUAUGUCUCUCUCUUCCCUUGGACGAGGAUGGGGAUUGAGAACUUCUUCAAUUGAAACAGGGAAGACUUCAACAGGCACCCAGAAAGACAACAGGGAUGUAGGAUAUGCAAAAGGUGGAAAUUUCAACAAGGAGGGGCCGCUGCACUAAAAUCCUGAUUCUGACACCAUACAGGAUACUUUCUCAUUAGGCGGUAUCUGCAGAAUACCCUCGCCUGCAGAGGGUAUCCUCUUUGAGGGACGCGGAUGGCACUGUGGUCUAAACCUUUGACGUAUAUUAGAGGGCUGGAAAGGUCCAAUUUGGCAUGCCGUCAAGACUUGCUGAUUGGAAGGUCAGUGGUUCGAAUCCCUGCGAUGGAGUGCAGCAUCGGAGCAUAAUGCCCACGCUGCCCAGGGCGGGCGUGCUCCCGAGGGGAGAGGGACACGGAGGGUGCCCUCCCAUGUGUUCAGGGCAGGAGAGGGGUGGGGAAGCUGCUGCUCACUCUCCUUCUGCCCUCUGCAGCCGGGUCAGACAUGAUUGUGCAAUGGAGCUGUUGCGGUUGGGUGCGCCUUGCCAUGGCUGAGUAGGGCUGCUCUCUGCCGCCGGGUCAGAAGAACUGCCGCCGGGCGCAAGGUGUGCUGCCCACUCGCCUGCCAUUUUGUCACGCCGUCAGUCAUGACAUGCUGGGCAGACUGCACCCACCGCAUACCUUUCCUACACCUCUGAUGGAGUGAGCUCCUGUUGCUCUGUCCCAGCUCCUGCCAACCCAGCAGUUCGAAAGCACACCAGUGCAAGUAGAUAAAAAGGCACCACUGUGGUGGGAAGGUAAACGGCAUUUCCAUGCACUCUGGCUUCCACCAUGGUGUCCCGUUGCUUCAGAAGUGCUUUGGUCAUGCUGGCCACAUGACCCGGAAACCUGUCUGUGGAAAAACGCCGGCUCCCUCGGCCUGAAAGCAAGAUGAGCACCACAACCCCAUAGUCGGCUUUAACUGGACUCAACCAUCCAGGGGUCCUUUACCUUUACCUUACCCUGCAGGAUACAAUACUGUCUCCUGCAGAGGGUAUCUUCUUUGAGCAUCCUCUCAAGGGUUCCAGGGAGAGUCUCCUCACAAGCCAGUGGUGCAGCAGGGCUUUUGUCAAGUCUCUUCGAGGUUUCUGGCACCACGCAUGGAAAUGCAUGACUUGAACACAUAUAAAUUGGGGUGGGGGUUACCUGUAUAAGCUUUUUUAGGUAUCCUGGGUCCCAGGUUGUAUGAGGCUUUACCAGCAUCUUGAAGUUUGCCCACCAACUGGAUGGUUUUAGAAGAGAAUUAGACAAAUUCAUGGAAGAUAAGGCUGUUUGGUUGGCCACUGUGAGAACAGGAUGCUUGACACUGGAAGCCAUGGAAAGGAUGUUCCCUACACCAGCUCCAGAGCUGGCAUAGACUUAUCUCUGCUUUAACGUAAUAUUAGAGGGCUGGAAAGGUCCAACUUGGCAUGCCAUCAAGCUAGGGCCACAGAGGUUUCCAUGGCAGUAAGGAGGGUAUCUACAAGGUCAGGUCUCCCACUCUACGUGUGGACCUGUCUCUGCACUCUUGGAGAGAGAGAUCAGCUCUGGGCCUGGGUGCCUGGGACACUAUGGAAUGCCAGGGCUUAGGUCCCUGAACGUAGGUAUAAUGUAACCACAUUUUAUGCUGUGUAAGAACCAAUUACAUGGGAUUGGGUGGCGCUGUGGGUUAAACCACAGAGCCUAGGACUUGCCGAUCAGAAGGUAGGUGGUUCAAAUCCCUGUGAUGGGGUGAACUUCCAUUGCUUGGUCCCUGCUCCUGCCAACCUAGCAGUUCGAAAGCACGUCAAAGUGCAAUUAGAUAAAUAGGUACCGCUCCAGCAGGAAGGUAAACGGCGUUUCCGUGCGCUGCUCUGGUUCGCCAGAAGGGGCUUAGUCAUGCUGGCCACAUGACCCGGAAGCUGUACGCCGGCUCCCUCAGCCACUAAAGCGAGAUGAGUGCCGCAACCCCAGAGUCGGUCACGACUGGACCUUAUGGUCAGGGGUCCCUUUACCUUUUAAGAACCAAUAAACUGUGGCAAUUGGGUCGCCUGUGGAGAGUUGUGGAAUCACUUGGGGUGCGGCAGGGAAAUAGAUUCAAAACCUUUCAGAUUUUGCACUUUCACAGAACAUUUUCCAGUUCUCGCUGGGUAUAUUGGAUUUGCCCCCCAGAGUAUUGUGCCCGUCAGGCUUCUAUGAGGUCUGUCUCCCUUUUUCUCCCUGAAGGAAUAAUUCAUAAGGGAUUGCCUCAGGGCAGAGGUGUUCUCUGUUUGCGCAGACUUGAAAAGCAGAACCACCUCAGACUGGCUACAUGCAGUUUAGAAGCAGAGCUCCCCGUAACAUUGAUCUAAAAAUAUAUUCCCUAACCCUCUUUUGACUUUGAAGUCAAGCACAUUUAAAUAGGUAUUUCUGGAAAUAAAAAAAGACAUAGGAAUACGCAAGACUGCUGGUGAUGGGAGAAUGGACCACUGAAUGUGUGGGAAGGGGGAAUUGCUCCCACUGCAUUCCCACUGCAUUCUGGUGUGAAUUAAAUAGUCUUGCUAGGUCCCAAGUUUUGGGGUUCAAUUUGAAGGCGUCAAGGUGGCAAGUUUAAAUCUCAGCACCCGUCAGUCUCAAAUUACUCAUUUUUGACACCUCAAUAUAGGGUUUUUUGCAACAGGAUGAUUUUUUAAACACUACUUAUCCUGAAAUAGAAAACGUUGCCCUGAGAGGCUCCCUCCACCUCUUCAAUAUUUUCAGAAGUUUUCCAUCUUUCCAGGAAUGGAAAGUUGGGAAGAAAUACUUCCAAAUGAAGAAAGGCUUUACAAUGAAAUUUUUGAUUUGGAGGUCCAGAUCCAGAUUGGGAACCUGGUGUGUAUGGGGUUUGGGGAAACUUUUUGCCCUGUGUUGCAGUUAGCAACCAUGGGGGCUUUGAUCAGACUUGAGACUACAAUGGGAGACAAAGUUUUAUUUUAUUUGCUUGUUCCAUAAAAUUCUUAUACCACUUUAUUGUAACUACCCCCCUCAAAGCAGUUCUAAUCUCUACACCAGCAUCCUAAUCCCCACAAACAUAGGCUGUGUGGUACAGUGGUUGGAGUACGGUCAAACCUCUGUUGUCGAAUGUUUUUGUCGGUUGUUCCGAAACGUUCGACAAUGGAAAACUGAAAGCGGAAGCCUCAAUACAAUAGGGAAACUCAAAAUGGAAGCUGCAUAGCAUGUUCGCCUUCCGAAAAUCGUUUGAAAACCAGAGCAGUUCCGGGUUAUCGCCUUUCGGGAGCCAAAACAGAGCCGUUCGAGAACCAAGGUUUGGCUCUAUUGGACUAACACUUGGGAGACCAGCGUUCAAAUUCCCAGUCAGCCAUGAAGCUCACAGGGUUUGCGCAACUUGGAGAAAAAGGAACUCCUUUCUCACUGAGCUCCUUGGAGGAGAAGGUGGGAGAUAAAUGCAGUAGAUAAAUACAAAUAAAUAUAUUGGAAUACAUUCACACUAAAAUGCAGAAGACUUUUCAUGAGACUAUUUUUUAAAAAAGCCAAUUGAUGUGGAAAUAUGGAGAAUUUAAUUUUAGACUGGAAAAAUGAGAAAUGGAAAGAAACCAAAUUUGACAGAGUCACCCAUCUCUAUUAUUGUCCUCUGUGUUGUGUUCGUGGUUGUUAAAAAAACCCCAAACUUGUGUACUUCUUGGGUUUCUUAAGAACUCCACACUUCUUCUUCUCUCUUUUUGAUUCUGCCCAUCCCCUCCAAUGCAGAUUUUAAUUAGGAAAAAAAAGGUGGGGGAGAAAUCAACACUGCGGCUCGUCAUAACACUGCCAUGAGAAGACUGGCGCAAUAAUUAUCCCCCUUGUCUAUUAGUACGGUCGGAAACAAUGCGCAUUGCACUGGAGACAGCUUUGCCAUUAUGUUUUGGCAGCGAGGAAGUAUGAUUGAACUAUAAUAGGCGAAGGAUGAGAAAAUCCCAGAAUGACACUUACAAUGCAGUUUCUAUAACAAUGCCUGAUACAGAAAGGGGGAGAAAUAGAAACAAAUGAUUAAAAUAUUCCAUUUCAUGUUGCGAAGAUAUGUAUCAAUGUGCUAUAUUUUCUUUGCUUGAGGGUUAGUCACCCCCUCCCUUUUUUUUGAUUACUGGCUCUCUUUCCAAAGUUUGGGGGAUUUCACACAAAUUGCUUUAUUUGAGUAAGGAGAGAUGAGAAUGGAGGAUGAGAUAGGCACAGAGACCAGGAGGUUGGAGGGGGAUGGAUAUCCUAAAUUAGAUGUGCUCUGCUGUGUCAUGAUGACACCGCAGAGCAAAACAGACGCUGGUAUUUGGAGUGGGCUUUGACAUCUAGACUCAGACACUCAAGAUGUCAAGUUUCCUUUGAAAAAGUCAACAGCACAACCCACUGUUUAUCAUCUCAUUUACCUCCUCCGAGGGCAGGGUUCUUGGGCCUCCCCAUUUGUCCAGGCAACAACCUUGUGAGGUUUGUUUGGCUAAGAAAUGGCCCCAGGUCACCUUAUUAGCUCGAUGUCCAAGUGAAGAUUUGGACCCUGGACUCACUGGUCCUGAUCCAGCAGUCUAAACACUAUGGUGCACUAAAUUCAUACUCAGGGAGUGUGAGUAGCCUGCCUAUGGCACUCUGGGAGAUAUGUGGGUCUGCAGGAUGGCUCUGUAGCCCAGCAGGUGAAUCUUCUCCAGCUUGAGAGCCAAAUUCCCUUGUGGGACCAGAGACAAGAGUGGGUGGACCAAUGGAUGCAAAUUUUACCCUUUGUGCCUUUGUGCCGUAGGCUGGUUUCUACACACUCACAUACAUAUGCCCCCCAUCGAUUGUUAGAAUUCAAGGAUGCAUUCCAGCCAAGCAAAAAAUCUCAAGGAGGGUGCAAAGCAGGGCCAGAAAUGAGCAUAGCUUGGGAAGAGAGAGAGUGUGUGUGUGUGUGGCAUGAGGAGAGCCCCAGGUGACUGCAUCUGGCAUGAAGUUCUCUAUCUCUGCUCUAUAGGAGAGGCAGGUGGGUGCUAUGAGGAAUGCAUGGUCAAGGCAGGCCUGGCCCAUGGAUGAGGCAAGGUGGCCUUGGUCCUGUAUAUCUGAAGGAGUAUCUCCACCCCCAUCAUCUAGCCCGGACACUGAGGUCCAGCGCCGAGGGUGUCCUGGCGGUUCCCUCGCUGCGAGAAGUGAGGUUGCAGGGAACCAGGCAGAGGGCCUUCUCGGUAGUGGCACCUGCCCUGCCCUGUGGAAUGUCCUCCCAGCAGAUGUCAAGGCAAUAAACAACUAUUUUACUUUUGAAAGACAACUGAAGGUGGCCCUGUUUAGGGAAGUUUUUAAUGUCUAAUGCCGUAUUGUUUUUAAUAUUCGAUUGGAGGCCGCCCAGAGUGGCUGGGGAAACCCAGCCAGAUGGGUGGGGUAUAAAUAAUAAUUUUAUUUUUAUUUUAUGAUGAUGAUGAUGAUGAUGAUGAUGAUGUGAGGCACCUGCCCCGAGUGCUGGAAGCCCAAGAGGCAAUGCCCAUGCAGGCAGUGGCACCAGUUUCUGGUGAGAACUCACAGAACGUACAAGAUUUCAGUGAGAUCUUGGGCUUUGCAGGCACUGCCACACAACACAGGUGAGAGAGGCUUGGUGUCACCAGUGGUAUGGCAAUUGGGGGGGGACAGCAGUGGGAGGGAUGUAGCAUGUUCUAGUGGUGAAACGGGACGCACCUCCCCUGUGUCAAGGACUCAAAGAGUGGCGUGCUAUGAGGAUGUCCCUUCCACCAGCAUAUCGCCCAACUUUUGGAGACCCCAAACUGGGAUGUACAUCUUCUCGGAUGGACUCCUGGGUGAGUCACAUAACCCGCACCUUGCUCUUGCCUUCUCAAAAGUCCUUUUUGUGUGUGUGUGUGGGGGGGGUAAGAGCACAGCGCAAGAGUGUGUGAGAUUGUGGCACCCAAAAUAGCUGCCGUGGUCACAUGUGAAAAAAUGUCCCAUUUCCCCGUGGGGCACUUGGCAGGUAUGUGCCAGAGUGUGCAUGUAGAUUAUUGCCUGUCUGUUAAUAUCUCAGAAACAAGAGUAGGGGAUGAAUGUUCAGGGCUGGGGACUUUUCAUAAUGCACUGAGCUUCCCCCGUGGGUAGUAGAGGCAGAAUACAUUAUGCGUGAUAUGUAGAUUUGCUCAGUUAAAAUUGUUUUCACAAGUAACAGAAUUUGACUCUACUGGGCAUGGCAUUUGCUUCACUAUGGUUCCCCACCCCCGGCCAUGCAACUGUUUGCAGAUUUGACAACAGGCAUGGGAGAAGGUGCAAUGCAGUAAAGGAGGCUCUUGAGCAGCAAUGGGGAACUACCGUAUUUUUUGCUCUAUAAGACUCACUUUUUCCCUCCUAAAAAGUAAGGGGAAAUGUGUGUGCGUCUUAUGGAGCGAAUGCAGGCUGCGCAGCUAUCACAGAAGCCAGAACAGCAAGAGGGGUUGCUGCUUUCACUGCGCAGCGAUCCCUCUUGCUGUUCUAGCUUCUGAGAUUCAGAAUAUUUUUUUUCUUGUUUUCCUCCUCCAAAAACUAGGUGCGUCUUGUGGUCUGGUGCGUCCUAUAGAGCGAAAAAUACGGUAUACCUCUCCAGCAACCAUCAUCCCUGACCAUUGAUCAUGGGCCUAAUGGGAUUUGGAUUCCAACAGCUGUUGCAAACCCAAAGGUUCCCCAUCCCUGCUCUAGGUGACAGCUUCCUGCCCCUACAAUUAGUUAUGAUUCUUGGGUGCUAAAGCAAAAGUGUGUUCCCUUUAUAGGCUCCUUUGCCAUGCAAAUUGCAAAGCUCAUCCCAGCCCUGGGGAAUAAAUUAGUCUGCAGUUCUGGAUAUCUGUUAACUAUGUGGACCUGUAUUUGCACAGGCUGUGCCUCUGUCUCACUUCUGCUGAUCAGUGGAAAACCCUGUUCAGAUUCAGGCUUGGUUUCUUUGACACUACCCAUUUCCAAACUUUUCUCUAUAUACGCUUCAGGACUAGCACUUUUACCUUUGGAAUAAAUAAAACAUUUCCGCUCCUCUGGAAUCCGCCUUCUGCUGCAGGCACCUGAACCUGAGGGAUAAACAUAGAGCCUCAGCUUGGAAAAUGAAUUGUGACUUUGGAGUUCACUCAGGCUGCUUUGUUUGCUCUUGUCUUUCUCGUUAGGACAAUUACUGUCUUCCGCCUGAGCAGCUUGACUCAGUUUCUGGUUCAGCCUUCGGAAUGGAAAGGAGGAACUCGGCACCAGGACGACAUCUUAUGUGCGGCGUUUCUGCCCCCGCAGACUCUAGUUACAGGUAGUGGAACGUUUAUUGCCCAAUAGAUCAUCCUGAGAUUAGCAGUUGGGUCCGCCGUCAUCUAUACGCAUGGCUAGAGAUGAUCCUGCCCAGCCUGGCUUAGCUACUCAGCUCUUGGCAGAGCUGAAUUACUUACAAGACACAGACAAAUGACAUCUUUUAAGAAGCAGACAAAGAAAGUGUGUCAUCAAGUGUGUCAUGAUGGGAUUGAUCCUCCUCCUCCUCCCGCAUGGGGUUGGGCAGACAAAGCUCCUACCUAGUCAGUGGAAUGAGAUUCAUAGAAGAUGCCCAGGUGGGUCUGGAUGUUGCCAGAGAACAUCAAGAGAGAGGCUGAAGAGCUUUCCUAACUUGGAAUGAACUUAGGUCAGGGGUUCCCAUGGAGGCCGUUUAACCAGCCCACGAGCCACCCUUGAACUGAGCUGCCCACUCAGUGAGUCCCUGUGCACUGCGCUAAACUGGCACGGCGCGGGGACUCUCUUUUGCGGCUCCAGAAAUCGCUUUUGCGCAUGCCCAGACACCGGAAAUUGCGUCCGCACAUGUCCGCGGUGCCGGAAAUCGCUUCUGUACAUGCCCAUGCGCAGGCACAAUUUUCGGCGUCUGGGCAUGCGCAGAAGCGAUUUCCGGCACCGCAGACAUGGAUCUCCGUGGGAUCUCCACAGGAGUGAUCCAGCCCAUGCCCGGUAAGCCUUGCUGACCCCUGGCUUAGGUCUUGUCACAUGGCUUAUUGACAUUCAACAAGUAUGGAUCAGGUCUAGUUGAACAUUCUUAUAGCCCAUAGUCAAUGGUGGUGGUGAGCAAUCAAACUCUCCACCAAUGGUUGGUUGAUAAGGUAAAAUGGGGCGCUGCCCCACCAACCUCAGUGUGCAUUCAGCACUGCCCCACCCUGCUUCCAGGCUUACAACCAGAUGAGGGGGCAACCUUGGAUGCAGUGUCCUAGUUUCCACCUUGUAGAACUCUGCAGUGGGGAGGAGGAAGGAAAAACUCGAAUUAGCUGGCCCCACCUGUCACUGGCUCUGAAUCCAGAUACUGUUGGACUCCUGGACUUCUGCCCUACCAAUCGCAGUGAGCACCAGCUUCCACUGCUCUCUGCUUGACAACCCAUAAUUUGGGACACACAGUUUAGUGUUACUACAAUGUGCCUAGCUUCCCCCCCCCCCAGGCCCGUAGGUUCUCUCUUUCCCCUCUCUCGUGGUGUGGCUGUGAGAAGGAGUUUUGAAGCUCGCUGGGUUUGAACUCGACAACCCAUCUGACAGUGGUUAAUCUUAACUAUGGUUAGUGGAAACAAGCCAACAUCAAAAGUCACCUCCACCUACCAUGCAAAAUCAAUAUAUGAUCUGAAUUGUUGAAGCAACUAAGGGGGCAAGGCAGUAGGAGGGGUUGGAUGCAAUAUUUGCUUGAAAUCAAUAGUUUUUAAAUAUAAAAGCUAUGCUAAUAUGAUUGUUUGGUUCUGCCUGCACCUUCAAAUAAGAGCCAAGCAAGUCACAAUGUGGCCAGCUCAGCUUUAGAAUUGAAAGCUCCUAAUCACUCACUGGGCAGAAUCAGGCUACAAAAGGUCCUAAGAUGCUCUCUGUGAUGGAUGCCCCAUUGGUUAAACUUUAUCCUUUCUUGUCAACCGGCUGGCAGGAUCAGGAUGUAUCCCAAGUAUUUGAUGAUGUGUCUUGCAAUUGAAAGCUGCGACAAUGCCUCUCCUGGGAGUAUGGCCCAUGACCUCUUGCUUAAAUGCUGAGUCAGCUGACCUGUUAUAUAUUAUAGAUUCUCUUUGCAAAUGAAUCUGAUGUUUAAUCCAAAGUCAGUUGCUGUUCAGUACCUUUUGAACAGCUAAGCACAAAGAGCAGUAUCCAGCAAAGCAGAUCUACUAAUGCAAUGACUUUUGACUGUGCCACAAAACCUCCUUUCCCUGCAUGCCUCUGAGCUCGCUAAAUCUGUUCUGGUGGUUCCAUUGUGCAAGCUGGAAUUUUUGUGAAUCUACUUCAUUAGAUACUGCCCAAAGCUUGGAAUCUGAGACAAUUGAAUGUUUAAGGGAAAUGGCAUUGAAAUGUUCACCUGAUAAGGAAAGUUGAAUGCUGGAAACAGAAAUCAGAUGGGACAAUAAGAUUGGGUGAUACAAGGUACAGGCUGUAUGACUUAAUUUAGCAUCUGCACAAUAGAAUUUUCUUUUCUUUUCUUUGAAAUCAGACCUUGCUGUUGUUCUAACAGCUCUGGCUUGUAUUCCCCACAGGCCUGUGAAGCCACAAAAAGACAUUGCAUUUUCACAGCACAUCCCCCACUUUAAAAUAAAGAACUUAAGUUACAAAAUUUCAUCUUUGAUUAUAGCCCACCUUGAAAGUGCAUUGACUUUUCAUUGUCUAUUUCAGGGAGUUCUGAUGGGGACAUUGUUGUAUGGAAUAACAGCACAGAAAGCGCCUGCUCUAAGCUGCACUUGAAUUCCAGGAGAUCACUGAAAUCCAGCUCAGGUCAGUGUGAAACCAUAAUAUGACCCAAAUUUUAUGAGAGACCAAAAAAAAAAAAAAAAAAAAAAGCAAGAAAAAAAGCUGUGGAGUCCCUGUAGAGAUGGAGAGCCCUAGGACCUAGGAGGAGUGUGAUGAUUCUGUCUUCCUUAAUUUAGGGAAGGGAAAUGACAUUGACAAACAAAACUGCAGGAGGAACCUUUAUUUGGAGUUUGGUCUAUGCAAGGAGCACCCAAGAACAUUAGACCAGAGGGUCAUCAACCUUUUUGGGCCACUGGGCGUAUUGGAUGUAUUGGUGCCAGUCACAAAAUGGCUGCGAUAGGGUGUAGCAUAACACAAAAUGGCUGCCAUGGGCUGUGGCAUAGCACAAAAGUGUUGCUAAUGAGAGACAGGGUCGCAAAAAUGGUGCAAGACCAGCAACCCUGUAUCAGCAGCCUCAUCAGUGGGGAGAAGGCACCUUAUCAGCCAAGCUUCAUCACAGGGAGAACCUUUUUGCAUCUCUCCUCUGUUCAUGGGAACAGAGGGAAAAGAGGGUGCCCCUGUUGAGAUAUUCCAUUCCACCUUAAAAACAGACGUGUGCCACAUGUCUGUUUAUACCCCAGCACAGCACAGCUUGCUGGGAACUUCCGUUUUUGUGUAUAGCUUUUGCUUAUGCUGCUUGCUUGGACACGAAGGGGGGAAGACAUGUUUUUCCCUUUCUCCUGAUGCUGAAUAAAAUGCCUAUAAUUACGUUUUACACAGCCUCAUCUGCCCUUCUGUUGUGAAGAGUUUUUUUCCUCUGCUGGCUUGUGUGCUCAGCUUCUGAAGCUCGUGUUGCAGUUACAUGCAACCAAGGACCGGAGAUUGCCCGGCUGCUGGCCGGUGGGCUGAAGCCAGCUGGGGGCCUGCCAAUUGCCCCAGUUUCCUUGGACGCAUCCCAACAGCCCCAUCCUGGCAUCCAAUGACAUAUGGAGAUCCAAUGACAAGUGGAGCAAGUUUAGUUUAGGAGAGAGUCUGAUCCAAAACACUGAACAAGAAAAUCCACAAGCCUCUUGAGCAUUUUUGUGGAGAUAUUUAAUGAGACAUUUUUCAGGCACUGUAACAGGUACUGGUGGGUACACAUGCACCACAUGUGUAACUCCUCCACAAAGCAGGAAACUGCCCACCAUGGCCCUAGCUCUGAAUGUACGGUUGUAGACCUGAGUCAUCUUUCUAGACCAUCCAGUGGAAGCUGAUUCCACAGAGGUGGACCAAGGCAGGUUAGACUGGAGCCAUGCCUCUCCAUAAACCUAGAUAGUCACCCCAAGGGACAUUCGCUUUAUCUCGAGGGUGUGGGGGAAGCAGUGUGGAGAAUACAGAUCCCAAGAUUCCCUGGGAUAACAAGCUGCACAUGGAGCUGAUAAUCUGCACUAUCAGUCCAAGAAUAAUUUGACAAGUAUCUGCCCCUGGUGCCAGGAGUGGUGGCAAAAUGCUCCUUAUCAUAUGGGCAGAUGUUACAGGCAAUCAGUUCCCCGUGUGGUUGCAAAGCUGCUGCAAACAAGUUAUCCACUUGGUAAAUGAUCAUUUGUUUUCACCCUCCUAGCACCCUAAGUCUCUCAUUCUGUGGGAUCAACCAGGCUAGAAAAACUUUGAUCUAUGAAAUCACUAAUAAUGAGUUCCAGCUCUGGGAUUGUUUAUGCCUUCGCUGCGUCAGAGUGACAAAGCGUCGGCAGCGAGUUUGCUCUUCCUUGGGAUGGGGCUCGCUAAUUCCCCAUCGCUCUCAAGGCUAUUGCUUCUGUUUAUUGUUCCGGAUCUACGUCAGCGUUUCUUUAUAUCAUUACCUCCAGCAGGGAACAUUCCCUUAAUUUUCGCCUUCUUUUGGUGAGGGGUGAUAAAUAAUUGCAGGCCACCCUCCCGGAACAGAGCCUCGCAGAGCUUGCCUGCCCCCCCUCCUUUGAGGCUGUUCAUAACCUGAAAAAUGUCAUUUGGUUGAAAGUCUUCACACUCUAAUGGUUAUCAUACAUUAAGCGCUGUGCUAGCAGGCAAUGCGUAAUUGUUCCCUCUUCUACAAACCACAGCUUCCAUUAUGGGAGAAAUACUGGCGGAUAAAGUGGGGUGGGGGUGGGGGGCAGAAAGGGGCUCUGUAGCAGGGAGAGAAACUAACACUACAGAGGGCUUUGACAAAUUGUUUUUAAAUGUUUCUUAUUUAGGUUUCUUGACACUUCUCCCAAGACAAAUUUUAGUAUAUAUAUAUAUUUAAUCUUCUGAAAUCCUGCUGUCUAGGUUGCCUAUAAAACACUAGGCAGAACGAUAUGAUAGGGCACUUUUGAUCUAUUGCUUCUAUGUAAGCCACAGGAAAGGAGGUUUCACCCUUCCUCCCUUUUAAACACCCAAGUGGGAGAAUGCCUAAUUUUCACUGUAUAAAUAAUCCCUAGAUCUAUCUAGAUGUGCCAGGAACAAACUCUAAUGGGUAUGAAUGCAAUUACUUUGUUGAAGGAAGAUUUCCCGAACGCCUGAGAACCUAAAAUGCAGCGUGGAGAUUGUAAUGAGCUAACAGGACCAUCCGUCAGCCCAAUUCAGUGGAUCUGGCUAUCAUCAGGUCAUUGUAUUCUAGACCAGCAUCAUUACAAUAACAUGUUUUGGAGUCCUAUGAGAACUCCAAUGGUGCUGGCCCAAGAUGUGACCCCUAUUAUAAAACAGGGGUCAAACGAUUCCCUUUGUCAAGGUUUGCUGCUCAGCUAAGUACUCAACACCUGCAUCCUAGAUGAGUGAGCUCCAUCUUAAAAGAGUGAGCCCCAUUGCUGUAGAAACAAAUGGGUAGGCCUUUCCUCACCUGGCUAGUAGGUAGAAGAACCUACUAACCUAGCAGUUUGAAAGCAUGUCAGUGCAAGCAGAUAAAUAGGUACCACUAUGGCAGGAAGGUAGACAGCGUUUCCAUACGCUCUGGUUUCCAUCACGGUGUCCCGUUGUGCCAGAAGCAGUUUAGUCAUGCUGGCCACAUGACCCAGAAAGCUGCCUGUGGACAAACACUGGCUCCCUCUGCCUGAAGCAAGAUGAGCGCCAUAUUGGUGUUUCACAACUUUAACCUGUUGCAGGAUCUUAGCCAGACCCAGUUGAAUAUAGCAGAGCAUACACAGACUUCUAGAAGCAAUCAGUUGCAGGCAGGCAGGAUGAAGCAGGAACAAGACACUGCUACUAGUAACUUGGUUACUUAGAGGUGUUUAUUAUUUACAGCACGCUUACAAGUUACUACAUACAAGAUACAGACAUGGAUCUUAAACUCUCUCUCUUAACAAACUCCAAACGACUCUCAGAACACAACACUGACCAGCCAGCUAUCCAGCCAAGGAAGGUCAUUAACCAUCAUGCCUAUGUGGAGACCUCGAUCAAUAGCAGAGUUUUAUCCAAGGUCCCAUAUCUCUAGGCAGAAUAACUCCCCCUGCUCAGUCUUCUUGGCCUUCGGCCAACUCUUAAUUGCCUCUGUGGGAAGUUGCACAUAGGCAAAAUCCCAACAUGCCACACCCCAUAGUCACCUUUGACUGGGCUUAACCAUCCAGGGGUCCUUUACCUUUUACCUAGAAGAACAAUAGACAGAGUUGUUUGUGAGAGCUAGAAGCUAAAUGUUGGAAGAUGGAGAAAGAAGCAUAUCUUGCUCUGUGCUGGUCUUUGGGGCUCCCUUGGAAACCUAAAGGGGGGGCAAAAUCUAUGGGAGUGUUAAUGUUGUGAGCGCCUGUGUCCCAUGCUCAGGUGGUAUAUUUGUGUAAAUAAAACCAUAUAUCCUAAAGAUACCAUAGUCUCCAUCGACCUUGAUUCCAAGGAAGCUGUACCCUGGGAAGUGCAGUUGUCCCUAGAAUCUCUCGCUGCUUGGAAAUACAAGAGAGCAUAUCAAUAUUAUAGCCAUGUCCUAAAAUCUGGUUGUAUGCCUGCACAAUUUUGUAGUUAUAUAUGAGGGAGCCUGUGGUGUUUGCCUCCUAGGUGGGUCAUAAGGAAAGGGUUAAAUGAGUGUGAUGUGAUUGGCCAGUGGGAAUGCAAGGGAGGAGUAAAAGUUAGAGAGGGAGGUUUUGAAAGUUAGUUGAGUUUUGGGAAUUGAAGAAGGAAGAGGGAGGAACAGGAAGUGGGUUGGUCGAGUUGUAUUGUGAGAGAGGAAUUGUCAGGUGGAGUCAGAUAGAUAGUUGGGGAUAAUCUGUGUGAAGUUGUUAGGAACUAAGAUUAAGAAACUGUGAAGAAAAACUAACUGAAACCAUAAGCUUGUUCCUGCAUUUAAAAAUAAACUUAAUUAUUUGUUUUUGUUAACAACUGUCUGGACUCUGUGUGUCCCCAUGAAAAACGGGGUGGUGGCAGCAGAAAAAGCAAUCACAGUGGUGGCACAGGGUCAAUUUGUAGUCAUAUAUGAGGGAGCCUUUCUACCAAACUUCCCCAAAUUUAAAAAGCAGCAAGAGGCUGUGGAAGUUUCCUAUGUUGUCUAACAAAAGGCAGGCCUUAUUUCCAAAACUUAUCUUCUGAUUUGAUAUGCAGCGGCAGCAAUUUUAUAGUUUUGAACCCAUAGGCCAUAACAAAACUGAACAAGCAUAUAAACCGAGGAUGGCAUGUAGGAAUGAAAUCAUUUCAGAACUGAGCAAACAUAUCAAAAUGCAAAUGAUUAAAAUCAACAAAUCUCCUUGUAAAAAAGAUGUUGCCUUCUAUGCCAAAGAGGUAUUUUAAAAACUUUCGGCAGUAAAGGUGAAAGAGUCUGCUUGCUCAGAAACCCACCUCUCCCCAAUUGCAAUGUGAGUGACAGUUCUCUCUAAAAUAAUAAAAAUAAAAAUUCUAUUUGCAAGGAAGUGGGAAUGCUAACUUCUUUAGGUAUAAUAUAACAUAGGGGUAAUUAGGCAAGGGGGAGAAUUUCAGUUCAGUUUGCAUAUUAAUGAGUGUUUAAAAUUUAACAGUCAGUCCUUCUUCCCAGGGAACUGGUUGGAUGCUUCUUGAAUUUCAGAGUGUAGGUCUCUAAGUAUGUGUAAGAACGUUUUCUCCUCCUGCCUACCCAUGACCUCGCCAUUUUCCACCUUCUUCUGCUUUGUCCUUGGGUCUAUUUAAGAUAAGAGCAGCCCUGCUGGAUCAGGCCAAAGCUCCAUCUAGCCCAGCAUGCUGUUCUCAUAGUGGGAAGCCCAAUAGCAGGAUCUGACCAUGACAGCAACUCUUCUCACCUGCAAUUCCUAGCAACUGGGAUUUGGAGGAACAGUGCCUCCAAAAGGAUUAGCUGCUCUUUGUAAAGCAUCCCAUGCAACAGGGAUAAUAAUAAUAAUAAUUUAAUAUUUAUACCCCGCCCAUCUGGCUGGGCCUCCCAAGCCACUCUGGGCGGCUUCCAACAGAAGCAAAAACGCAAUGAAACAUCAAACAUUAAAAACUUCCCUAAACAGGGCUGCCUUCAGAUGUCUUCUAAAAGUCAGAUAGUUGUUCAUUUCCUUGACAUCUGAUGAGAGGGCGUUCCACAGGCCUGCGCCACUGCCAAGAAGGCCCUCUGCCUGCUUUCCUGUAACCUCACUUCUUGCUGUGAGGGAACCACCAGAAGGCCCUCGGAGCUGGACCUCAGUGUCCAGGCUGAAUGAUGGGGUUGGAGAUGCCCCUUCACGUAUACUGGGCUGAGGCUGUUUAGGGCUUUAAAGGUCAGCAUCAACACUUUGAAUUGUGCUCGGAAACGUAAGGGAGCCAACGUAGGUCUUUCAGGACUGGUGUUAUGUGGUCUUGGCAGCCACUCCCAGUCACCAGUCUAGCUGAUCGCCGGUGUGAUGUCCAUGACAGACUAUCCAAGUGUCCCUAUUUUCCAGGGACCUUUCUGUAUUUACAGAAGCCAUCCUGGUUUCUGAUUUGGUCCUGGAAUGUCCCGCUUUUCCUUAGGAUGUCCCUAUUUUCACCAGAGAAAUAUUGGAGGGUAUGGAGUUAUGUAACCCCCGAGCCAAGGAGAUAAGUAACUAUACAACCUUCAGAAGAUAUCUGAAGGCAGCCCUGCAUAGGCAAGUCUUUUAAUGUAUUAUUAUGUUUUCAUAUAUGUUGGAAGUUGCCCAGACAGGCUGGGGCGACCCAGGCAGAUGGACAGGGUGGAAAUAAUAAAAUUAUUAUUAUGGAAUAGGACGUCCCUGUUUUCAGUGGAGAAAUGUUGGAGGAAUUGCCCUGGGUGGACCUGCAGGGUUCUUCCUUGGUGUGGAAAGAAGCAUUCUGUUGUGGCAGCAGAGAUGUCAGGGGGAACUGGUUUGUGGUUUGUGUGUGGUUCCCACGACAGCUUCUCCUGGUUGCAAAUGUUCCCUGUGGGCCCCAGAAUGUUACUGACCCCCGUGUACAAAAUUGGCUCUACAUAAUAAAUCAAUCACACACAUACAACAUGAGAAAUGUGCAAAAUGGCAUAGGUUUUAUAGCUCAGGGAUGGGCGGAAAAGUACAUUGGGACCUACUGGUAGUUCUCUGGUGACUUGAAAUAGGUUGACCAGGGUUUUUGAUUCCCAACAAUAGCAAGUGUGGAAUAGAAUGACUUUUCCUGCUUAAAUGGGGUUGCCCAAAUGGGAAUUGGAAAAAGAAACCUUAACCAGGAGUGGAUGGCAUGGUAUUGAAAAUAGACUCAGAAGCACCCUAUUCUUCAAUUCCAACAGUAUUUCGUAGCUGGAUAUGGCUGGUCAAUCCUGAGGUUCUAAUGAAAAACAAAAUUGAUCUGGCAAGCCUAAAAUCUGCCUGCCUCUGUACUUCUUCAGAAAGCCAGCUUACAUUUUUUAAUAUAAAAAAGUGCAAGUUCCUAGUUGACAUGGCUGCAUUUGUUUUGGGGGCUUUGGGUGAGAAAGUUGCCAAAAGGGAUCCCUCUCCCUGUCCCUCCCUGCCCUGGGGUUUCCCUUCCAGCAGCUCUCAUGCCAAGCUCUGCAAACAGCUUUUUAAAAACCCAAAGGAGUUCUAAAAGCAGUUUUGAGACAGCUGCUGAGAGGGGAAGUCAUAAAAAAAUAAGCUGAAGUGCGUACGGAGAAAGCACCUGUGCUUGGGGAGGUGGCCGCUGUUGGCAUCUCGAGAGCAUACAUUUCUUUUUUUAGACCCUAAUCAGGAGCUUCUCUCACAGGCUCUCAGAUGCAGUGGAACGUAACUUCUGCUGGCAGGCUGUCCUCCAGAAGACACACACUAUCUGCAGCUGACUACGCCAACUCUGACGAGAACUAUCAUUCCAUUACUAGGCUCUUCUUCCUGGAGGCGAGGAAAGUUUCAGUGUCAGGUAAGGGAAUGGCAUUUCAUUUUCUAUGGCCAUUUGGAUGAGGGGUGAGAAGGGAAGCCGGACCACUUCAAUGGCCCUGUUGAGAGAGCAGCCAGUUCUUCCUCUUCCUCAAGUGUCACCUCGGAAGAGCAAAAGGUGUUCUCUCGGACUGCAGAGCAAGGGUCUGAGAAGUAGGGUGGUUCUGCUGAGGAGAAGAAGAAGAAGAAGAGUUUGGACUUCAUAUCCCGCUUUAUCACUACCCGAAGGAGUCUCAAAGCGGCUAACAUUCUCCUUUCCCUUCCUCCCCCACAACAAACACUCUGUGAGGUGAGUGAGGCUGAGAGACUUCAGAGAAGUGUGACUAGCCCAAGGUCACCCAGCAGCUGCAUGGGGAGGAGCAGGGAAUCGAACCCGGUUCACCAGAUUACGAGUCCACUGCUCUUAACCACUACACCACGCUGGCUCUCAGGGGUGGGUACCAGGAGCAGGUCAGAAAUAACUCACAUGACUUCAGUGAACUCUUUAUUCAAAGAAGAAAGACAGUCCAGGAGGAAUCGAACAUGGUUCACCAGAUUACGAGUGUACGGCUCUUAACCACUACACCACACUGACAACUUCCCUUUGGUACUUCCUUUCUCUGAACAGUUUUCAUCCCAGCUUGUUUUCAUAAGAAUACCAUAUUUUUAAGAACGUGCUCACAUUUGAUUCCCAACUCCCCUUUUCCUUCUGUUCCAUGUUUUCAAUUGUAAUUCUGAGAGCAGGGACUGGCUGGUGUUGUUUUUUAAAAAACUGCUCAGUAAGCGGCUCUGAGAGCUUUUUCAGCUGAAGAAUGGUGUAAAAAUGCUUUUAAUAAAGAAAGUGUGGAUGGGUGCCAACUCAGCCUACAAAGCAAUCCUAACUACAGGAAGCCAGCAUAAAUUAGACCAGUUCCAAACUUCGUUCAGGAGGAAUAUGACCGACAUCAGCCUUUUUUCUGGCUAAGUUCUGCUGGGUUGCUUGGACACAUGAUUGAGCUGGAAGGGUUUUGGAAUAGGUGAAAACCUCUCCUUGCCCUGACACACAAGGAAGCCCCCACCACAGCCCUUUUGGUGGACUUGUGCUGGUGUAAAUGACACUGGCUUAAGUUUUGCUGACUGAGCCCUUGUUGAGAAAGCCCAAGAUCUGCCAUAUCCCAACUCUCUUGACCUAAGGGAUCUCUGGUUUGGAUUGUGCUGUUAGUUGAAUGUUUACAAGUGACAGCAGGAUUACUCCCAGUAUUGGCCAAAAUAGUCACUGAUGGUAGGAGGCUUUGACCCCUGGCCUCCCACCAACUCAUUCCUCUUCCCCAGAAUGUGGAAGUUUUCUUCAUAAAGAAGAUGAGUCAAGUUUCUUGGCCUUUCACGACUACCCUUUUCUUCAGCCUUUCUUCUGGAUCUACAACGAUGUCCUUUUCGGGAUGGGAGCCACCAGGUUCUGUAAUGGGAUUGUGUCGCAGAUUUAUAUAAUGGCAUUCUGAAAGUUGCUCUUUAAUUUCCAGCCCCUUCCUUGCAAUUCCUAACACUGAGAUUGCCCUUUUCACUGCAGAAGCAAAGGCACACCUGCGUAAACGCAUGUGAGACAUUCCAGUUACGGAAUACCAAAUAACACUACCAGAGAAGAGCUUCUUCCUUCUUUUGGUUUAGGAGCCAUCUCUUAUGAGCAUUAGGAAAGGAAACCUUUUUUGCAGCCCAAUGCACGCCUUCUCUUGUGGGCAACCUUCCAGACCCCUGCAAAAAUGAAGACUGAACUUUCUGCUCACCAGCUUCUUAGCGGAGAGUUAAAUCCUGCUGAGUGCUCCUUUCCUAGUGUGUUCACUGUAGGGAAGUCCUGGUGAAGCAGUCCUUACCUGCCUCUUCUUAUCCCCCCGCCCUCCAUCUUGCCGCCUGACCACCCUUUUGACUGUUGCGGAUAUUAAAUAUCGCACAGUUUGAAGCAACUGGAAGCAUAAGAACUGACUCCUUUGGAAAUGAAGCAUUGCCCAGACCCAUGAAAAUAUCAUUUAAACUCUUACCGGCAGAACUUUCUUCAAAACAGAAUUAAAACAUCAAAAAUAUCUAUGCAAUAUCUUGCGCUGUCUAGCGCAGGCUCAGCAUCUUACAAAAUAUGAAAUAUUCCAAACAGACCUAAAAGCAAAGGUGUCUCUCUCUCCGACCUGUUUUUCACAUGUGACUAACAGCCACCACCCUUUCAAGAUGGCAGAUUUGCAACUCAAUACCUUUAUCACUUGAUCAAAGGUUACUCUCAAUAUAGAGUAGAGAAACAAUCAACAGGUAAUUAACUAGUUACAGCUCAGAGUCCUUUCGAAAAACUUUCUGGUUCGCCAGAAGCGGCUUCGUCAUGCUGGCCACAUGACCCAGAAGCUGUAUGCCGGCUCCAUUGGCCAAUAAAGCGAGAUGAGCGCCUGCGACUGGACCUAAUGGUCAGGGGUCCCUUUACCUUUAUCACUUGAUCAAAGGUUCACUCUCAAUACAGAGUAGAGAAACAACCAACAGGUAAUUAACUAGUUACAGCUCGGAAUCCUUUCGAAAAACUCUUGUGGAAAACCCCCAGUGUUUGCAAUACACAUUUAGCCAUAUUAAGCUUUCAUUAAUACAUAUACAUUUUUCAUUUCUGUGUGAAUUAAACCAUUAACAGUGACAGUCCCAGAUCAUUCGGGGGUGGGGGGAACCUGGUCUGGAACUAUCAAUCCAAUCCAAUUCCUAAUCAGGCUGGUUCCAUUUGAGAUCUCCACUGUUCUUCAAUUCUGCCUCCUAGUUCUAACUUGCUUUUUGGUAUUGGGAUUUCUCCUCAGCCUUGCCUCCUGAUUUGCCCCAUAGCUCCUCUUCCCUUCUCCUGCCUCCCCCCAGAUUGUUGCCCAUGGCCCAGACCUAAGAGAAUUGAGCCGACUGUCCCUGAGAUAAGACUGCAAAUUCCAAUAAACCAAAUGAGCAAAUGUGUAGGAGAAGGCUGUUUGCAUGCAGAGAGUCAAACUCACUAUUGAUUUAUACCCCUUGCAAGCCAGCAAGGCGCUGCAGGAUGUUAAGUCAUGAUAGAAUUUGGUCCAGUGGGGAGUUUUGCAGCAGCUAAUCUUGAGAGUAUAAAACCGUUUCUCAUCUUAGCAGCUUUUUUCCAGGUGUUUUCUGAAUCAAAUUAUCGUUAUUUCCCUCCAAGGCAAAUUGGAAUCUUUCUGCAGAUUUAUCUGCAAUGAUUUGGGAAAUCUGUUGCCUUAAGGGUUUAUUUAGGGUUCUUCGGUGUCCAUAAAGAACAUACAAUUGACAAGAAGAACUUUGGUUUGCCAAAGAGAAAACCAUUUACAUAAAGAUUUACAGUCUCGUGUGAAACUUUUGCAAAUAGAAAAAUAAAAGGUUGUGAAAAUGAGUUCCCAAGGCCCAAUUUCUUUUUCCUGUAACUUCUUUCAGUUUGGGGAGGCAAUGGAUUGAACUGUAUUUCACUGCUGCUGGAAAGCUGCAGUAUUAAAAUGGAGACCAAAAGCCAAACAAACAAAAUACAAAUCUAACCGGGUUCAUGCACAGUGGGAGAAUUGCUUGUUGUGGUUCGAGGAUCCGAUCCCCCCCAAAGUGGAAUGAAUACACAAGGACACGUGAUAUAAGGUUAAUGGGCAAGAAAAGGCCACAACUUUAUUGAUUACAGCAAGUGAAAAGGUAUUGGCUUAGGCAUUGGAUUACGUCAGCUGACUCCACCCCCUCAGAGAGGGGUGAGUCUGAAACAAGGGGGGUUUAUUCACCAGUAGGUGGAGCCUGUUGAUGCUAAUCCAACUAUAGGCUCUCUCCUGAUGUCACCGAGGGUCGUGCCAUGGCCUCCCGCCAAGCAGGCAUCGGACAGAAUACACGACCGCCAGAUUCCUUUAACGGAAUACCCAAAAAUUGAAGGCAUAGGCGAUGGCCACACCUAGCCCUUCGACACCACGACACAUUAUUCCAAUGCCUAACCUACCCACCAAUACCACGAAAGUUGUGACGAUUGCUACGAGGUAGGCGAAAAAACCAAAAUGCCUAAUGCCAAAUGGAAAAAUUCCUACCAGGCCCCCCGGACAACCAGGGUGACCAACCUAAGGUCCAUAGCAAGGCCAAGGAAAACUAAGACCCUGAGCUCAAAGGGAGUGGAGGGUGGGUGAAUCGCGAUGGGUCGAUGAAGAGUGAGGCUGAGGAGGGGCUGGCGCCGCAGUAUUAAGGCUGCUGUACACGCCCCUCGGAGGCACCUGGUUUGGCCAGGUGAGUGGGAGGCAGGGGGCUAACGCCCCCUGCUAGAGGCGGGGCUCAGGCUCCCGCCCACAACCACUCCCCCCUCUUCAGGAGGAGAGUCUUUGUUAGAGAAGGACAGUUGCAUUGAGAAAGUUAAGCACAGAAAGUGAUGCACAGUGCCGUUGUACUACUCUCAAGCAGGACACGCUAGAAAAAAAAAAUAAUUCAAGUUCAAGGCUGUAAUCUUAAAACUCUGGGUACACUCACAUGGGAGCAAAUGCCAUUGGACUUACCAGGACAUGCAUCCAGGUGGCAUGGAUAUAUUUUUUAUUUUAAAGUUUCAUGCCCUGCCUUCCAAUCAAGCAAUUCUCAGGGCUUAUUAUCAAUAGACAGAAAUACAUCACACAAACACAAGCAUGCCCCAGCAACCCUUAGCCAUCUUGCCGAUGAAUGGGUCCAACAGAUGUUUUCCUUUGGUCCUGCUGUCCCAGGUUGACUGAUAUUUGAACCUGAGUGCUCUUUCUAGGAGGGGUGGGGAAGCAAUCACUUUACAGCUUCUCUCUCUCUCUCUCUCUCUCUCUCUCUCUCUCUCACACACACACACACACACACAUUCAGGGGUGGGGAACCUCUCUCAGCCUGAAGGCUGCAUUCCCUCCUAGUCAACCUUCAAUGGGGCUACAUGUCAGUUGUCUGGAAACAAAAGUGGGUUGAGCAACAAAUGUUAACAUACCACAUUUUUCCAUGUAUAAGACGAGGAUUUUCUACUGUAAAAUAAUGUUUAAAAAUGGGGGUCGUCUUAUACACGGACAGUGCAUAGGGGGGACUGGUGAUUGAUUGCAGCUGCAAGCUGCAUCUUGUCAGCGGUGCUUUGGUAUGUGAUUGUUGGCUGUGGCAAGGGCUGCUUUUGAUUGGCUGCUGCUGCAGUAAUUUGGUGUGUGAUUGGUUGUUUUGUCAAGGACUGCUGUGGAUUGGCUGACGCUGUGGCUCUUGGGCGUUCGAUUCCCGUCUGCUGUUGUCGAGUGGGUAGGCGCUUGUUGGGUUUUGUGAACGCGAUUGAUUGUUAGCGAUUGCUAGUCGGGUCAGUGAUUUUAUGCAUCCCCCCCCAAAUAAAACUAAACAACCUUGGCUAAUCCCGUCCCCCCAAAAGCUCCACACUCUGGGCAAUCCUCCCCCCAAAAAGAUCACCAACUUUGGGCUAUCUCCCCCCAUUUUCUUAAAUUUGAGUGCCCAGAAAUAUAUACACGGGGGCAUGUUAUACACAGAAAAAUACGGUACUUGCCCAUCUCUCUCUCUCUCCUCCACUUAGGUAAGCAAGAGCACGAUCAGAGUUCAAGGGCUAGCCAGGCAAAAGCACACAAGGAGAGUGCAAAUCAGCAUUACACAAUAUUGACUCCCAUAGGACAUUACACCCCAUGUUUCUCCUGAGGACAGGGAGAAGGAGGAACCUUAGUUCAAGGGCAGAGCAAAUGUUUUGCAAUCAGAAGGUGCCAGGUUUAAUCUUCAGCAGGUAACACAUUUGGAAAACACCCUGGAGUUAUUUGUAUCAAAAUGGGAAGUCCUCAAAAUGUAUUUAAAAAAUAAUUAUAGCCGCUUAAAUUCUGUUGCAGCAUUUGAUUAAUUUUAGUAGUAGUUUUAAGCAGACCUAAGACUAACUAAGAAGCAGUUUAAUAACGAUAAUAGUUAGUAUCGGCAACAAGUUUUGUGUACAGUAUUUGAACUAAGGAGUAGACGGGAAGUCAUUUGUGUUUUUCAUUUGGUUUUGUAAUAACUUUAUUUACUUUCUGUACGGUAAGGGUGUAAAGGUUGUCUUUUUUCUUUUUCCUUUGUUCGUUCUCUCUAUUUCUGUAAUAAUUCAAGUUAAAAAAGAAAGAAAGAAAAGACCCUGGAGAGACACCCUGGAUGACCACCACCUGUCAUUCAGACCAGACAACACUGAGAUAAAUGGUCUGACUCAGUUUAAAGCGGGUUCAUAUGUUAAUAUACCGGUAUGUCAGGAAUGAGAGCAGGAGAGGCUAAGUUGUGACCUUCCAGAUGUUGAUGGAUCCCAGCUCCUAUCAUCCCUAACUAUGGGCCAUGCCAGCUGGCACGGAUGGGAACUUUGUGGCAGAUGUUAAUAUUGUGCAGCUUCAAGCGACGCUGACACAAAACCCCACAUAUAUUAAGUAUACAUCGCCACCCCACCCCACCCCCACUCACCUUUCACCCCCCACCUCUUUCCCCCUCUUCUUCCUAAUGUCUCAACAAAAGAAACUGAUCUGUAAAAAAUGUUACUUGAAAAAGAGAGAGAGAGAGAUUGCACAUACUUUUGUAAACCGAGAAAAUCCUUAAUAAAAAUACAUUUAAAAAACAUUGUGCAGCUUGAAGUGACUGGAUGCACAAAACGGACUCCUUUUGGGAAUAAAGCAUAAGCCCAUAAGUUUAAUUAAAGCUUUACCUGCAGAACUUUCCUCAAAACAGAAAACAGUAAAUGAUACACCCAAAAUAUCCAUAAGAACAUGUGCAAGUCCAGCACAGGCUCAGCUUCUUAUAAAAUGUGAAAGACUCCAAAAAUCAGUGUUCAUUCUCUCUUCCCACAAUCUCCAUUUUGCCUGGAGAGGAUCAUUUACACUUCCUUACUUCCACAGAAGUAAGGUGCUGUGGGUUAAACCACAGAGCCUAGGACUUGCCAAUCAGAAGGUCGGUGGUUCGAAUCCCCGCAAUGGGGUGAGCUCCCAUUGCUCGGUCCCUGCUCCUGCCAACCUAGCAGUUCAAAAGGACGUCAAAGUGCAAGUAGAUCAAUAGUAGCUCUGGUGGGAAGGUAAACGGUGUUUCCGUGCGCUGCUCUGGUUCGCCAGAAGCGGCUUAGUCAUGCUGGCCACAUGACCCAGAAGCUGUACGCCGGCUCCCUUGGCCAAUAAAGCAAGAUGAGCGCCGCAAUCCCAGAGUCGGUCAUGACUGGACCUAAUGGUCAGGGGUCCCUUUACCUUUUUACUUCUACAGAGCCCUCUUUUGAUCCCAGCACCACAAUUAUUUUGUGGUAGAUCAGGGGUCGGCAAGGCUUACCGGGCAUGGGCCAGAUCACUCCCAUGGAGAUUCUCCAUGGGCCGGACCGGCACAGCGCAACGCUGAAAAUCGCGGCUGUUCAUGUCCGCGGCUGCGGAAAUUGCUUCUGCGCAUGCCCAGAUGCCAAAAAUUGCACCUGCACAUGGGCAUGCGCAGAAGUGAUUUCCGGUGCCGCGGACAUGUGCAGACAUGAUUUCCGGUGUCUGAGCAUGCGCAGAAGCAAUUUUCACAGCCGCAGAAGAGAGUCCCCGUGCUGCGCUGCGCCGGUUUAGCACAGCACAUGGGGACUCGCCGGGUGGGCGGCUCGGUUUGGGGGCGGCUUGUGGACUGGUUAAACAGCCUUCGUGGGCUGCUUCCAGCCCAUUGGCUGCAGGUUGGGGACCCCUGAGUUAGAUGUUCCCAGAGCUAACUGGACUAACGCACCAUGGUUUUUAUGUUUUAGGAGGUGCAAACCUGGUAUCCUGUGGAGGUGCUGGUUACGUGAGGUUUUGGAACACGCAGAGAGGGAAGCUGCUGGCAGAGUUUGAAGCCCAUAGCGGGGUGGGGUCCAUUAUCAUGGCCAUUGAUCAGAGAAGCCAGUACCUUAUAACUGGAGAUCUGGUUGGAUGGGUGAAGAUCUGGAACAUAGAGGUAAGUGGAAAGAGUCAUACAUCAGUCCAGAAAAGGUGAGGCAGACUGAAAAGUAAUAAGCUUCAAUUCAAAAUCAUGGCCCAAGCAUGGUGCAUUUAGUUUCCAGCCUCUUUUGUGUUUCUUUUUUCCUUUUUUAAAAAAGUGUUAUCUGAUGUAAAUCAUUCCAAGUAACAUAAGUAGCAGCACUCCCCCAACUAGGGCUUAGUCAAAGCAGGCUCCAUAACAUGGCAGUUGAGCCAACGGUCUGACUCAAUAUAAGGCAGUUAUAUUUGCCUGUCGAGAUUUCCAGGCAAAAUUUCCAAAAAUCGCUGAAAUUUCCAGGAAAACCCAGACAUAUGGUAACCCGUGUUGGAAAUGUUGAUUUUUUUCUGGCAAAUUACCUUAAAAAUAGCUCAAAAACCUCUCUCUUUUUGAGAUUUUGCCAAAAAAGUUCAACAACUUUGGCCAAAAAAAGCUCAACAACUUAUGUGUCUGGACUUCCACUUUUUGAAAUAUGGCAAUCCUAGCUUAGAUGGCUUUAAAAGCCACAUUCAUAGAGGGUAAGUCUGCUGGCUAUGGAGCCUUCAUGUCCUCAGGCAGUUUCCCUUUGAAUAACGGUUGUCGGAAGGCAAACAGGACAAGGCUUUUCUGCCUUCAUGCCUUGCUUAUGGGUUUUACUGAAGGCCACAGUUGGGGGGAAAGGAUGCUUGACUAGAUAGACAUUUGCUCUAAUCAAGCAGGGAUAUCUCUGAUGGAUAUAACUGUCUGAGUGAGGCUGAUCACAUAUGCCUUUCUCAUUCAACUGCUUCUCCACUAGAAGGUCAGCGUUUAGGUGAGACUCAUUGCACCCAUCUGGUUGUGGCAUUCAGCACACAGCAGUGGUGCAGGAUAGCAGAGUGAGCAAGCAAGCUCCAAGGCAGCAAUAAAUUAGAUGCCAGGAGCUGGAGUCAGGUGUAGGUUAGCAAUAAAACAAUAAAGCACCCGAUGUCAGUGAAGUUAACUCUUUAUUCAAGGAAUCAAAAUAGCUCAGUCCAAGUGGUCACAAAAACCCUUCCCAGCUGGUCUUGCCCCAAAGAGGCAGUUGUGAGGACUGAAGGCCCCUGCCUUCCCACCACUCUCCUUCCCUGGUUUCUUCCCCAGCAGCCGAAGGCUCCAUUGUCUUGCCUCUCAUUGUUCUUCCUCUUCAUUUUUCUGGGAGACCAGGGGGAAGGAGACCUGGUUGCAGCAGGAGAGGGAGACUACCUGGAUUCUUCAGCAGCCUGCCUCAUCUCUGUUUCCUAGCCCUCUUCCUCUCCUCCCUCUGAGUCUGGACUGCCCUCUGCCCCAGCCUCUUCCUGCUCACUUAACCCUGUUGCCUCUUCAGCUUCCGACACCUCAUCCACCCUCAGUUUGCUCCUUCUCUCUCUGACCACUUGCCGUCAUCCCACCACCAACCCCCCAGGCUCUGAGCCUUCUUCCCCUUGGAGUUCCCCAGCUGAUGCAUACAACCAGUCCAUGACAGUAGAUGAAGGUGGACAUUCUGAGAAGCCUCCAUCUCAAACCCAAUGACCAAAUGUGGCCCCCCAGGCCUCUUUAUAUAACACUUGAGAUGCUCACUAAGCCACACCUCAUUUCCCCAGGUGACACCCUUUGUCUGCACCUCAUCCAUGUCUUCCUUGGGGGCUUCUACCUGCCUGGAAAGUGUCCUUGAACUGGAUGAAUGAUGGAGCAGUGUGUUUGUGUUGGGUAGAAACCUCUGACUUUUAUAUGGCUGGAAUGUAGCCCAUUGUACAAAGGUAAGAGUCACACUCACCAAUCUGCCCAUUUUUGCCUCUGGUCACACCAACCUCUGGCCCCUCAGCAGCUGCUCAGAAGUUCCCAGAAGAAUGUGGCCUUUGGCCUGGAAAAGUUCCCCAAUUCUGCUAUAGGCUAUUCUGUCUCUUUCUGCACUAGAUAUGACCCAGUAGCCAAUUUCAGAUUUGCAAUGCAGCCCCCCCAGCCAAAAAUCAUUCCCAAGCCUUGUCCUUUCUUUCUAAUAACCUUAGCACUUGCUUCUUUUCUUCCUCCCACAAGGAUUACUGCCUUAUUUUGGGAGAAAAUGUGAAUUACCAGCCACCCACUCUGAUCAGAUCUUUCCAGAUGCACGAUGAUUGUAUCACUUAUCUGGAGACCUGUGUACGAAACAACUGCCUCUUUAUCCUCUCGUCUUCGGCAGAUUGCAGCAUUGUUCUUACUGAUAUUUCUGGCGUUCCGUUUGGAAUAUUUGGGCAGGUAGGAAGGUGGCUGUUUUCACUGUGUUUUUGACAUUACUAUUUGCUUCCUCUCAGCGUUGCACUCAUUACCAUCAUUUAAGAAUAAAAAGUUGUCAAGGAUUCCUGCGGAGAUCUUUCCCCAGGGGAAGGCACAUAAAGAGCAAUCUCAUAUAUAGUGUGCCAGGUUUUCUCUCCCUUGCCAAAAAUACAUAAAGCAACAACUCACAGGGACUUUGGCACAUCUCCCCGUUAAAUGCGCCAAAGGCAAUGUUUGAAAUUGCAGAGAGGUAAAAGCUUUCCUCAAAGCACGUAUAACUCAAAGAAAUAAUUGGAUGGGUCGUAAUUUGUCUAAAUAAAGCGGUGAUGUUGAGAGCACUGCAAAUCCUGAAUGUGAGACACAGCUGAUAUAAACUCUAUGACCUUAUUUUUUAAUACACUCUCAUUGGCCAGCUAUAGCGGUAGCAGCUUUUAAGACAUCAGCUAUUAGGACGUUAAUGCCCAACCCGUCUUUGGAGAUCAGGGCUUCACAUUUAUUAAGCCAAUUCAAAGUGGUUUCAUUAUUGGAUUGUUCAAAAAACCAGCAACACCACCCCAUGGUUUUUGGAAGUCUGAUGUCUGGCAUAUUUUGCAGCUUCAGGCAUUGCAACAGCAGGACAAUGUUUGUUCUAGGCAAAACAAUUUCCAGAGAGGUAUGCUUCAAAGAGUGGCAAAAAAAUGUAUCAGGGUUUAUCUGACAGGGAUGGAAGCCCAGAAUAAAACAUAAAGUUAUGUUUGAUAGAAAAGAAAGAGGAGGCUUCACUCUACUGGACUUCCAAAUCUACUUUGAGGCAUCAUGUUUAUGGUGGAUAAAAUAUUGGAUAUUGCUGGAAAAUACCAGAGUGAAGAAAACAACAAAUAUGGAUAAACCAUGAUUAACAUAUAAGGAAAUCCUAGAUCUUACAGGACAGGAACCAAGGUUGAACAAUCCCGAGGAAUUAAAAAAUGUAUUAAUGCAUUGGUUACAGAUACAUCAGAUUAACGAACUGUUUAAAAUAGAUUAGAAAAUUGGAUUUGCAGAAAAACCCCCAAAUUACAAUGGAUUUAUUAGAUACAAAAAUAAAAGUAUUAUCAAAAAUGAGCAAACUGCUGCUAGAGUGGGAAACAAAAGAGGAAUUUGUGAAAUCAAGUAUGAUUAAGUGGACACAGGAAUGUGGGUCAUAAUAUUAAUUAUGAGCUAUGGGAGAAUUUAUGGAAAGUAAAUAUGAAUUUUACGGCGUGUUACGCAUUAAAAGGAAAUAUGAUGAAAAUGACCCACAGAUGGUAGUCAACACCUGCCAAACUAGCGAAAAUGUUGGGACUGCAGCCUUAGUCUCCUGAACAGGAGAUGGAACACAUAGACCCUCCACCAGUUCUCUGAUGAAAAUAUGGACGUCCUACCAUACCCUCCAACAUUUCUCCAGUGUAAAUAGGGACGUUCUAAGGAAAAGUGGGACAUUCUGGGAUCAAAUCAGAAACCAGGACGGCUUCUGUAAAUCCAGGACUGUCCCUGGAAAAUACGGACGCUUGGAGGGUCUGAGAUGGACCCCUCUUGCGAAGCUCUGAUACAUGUACUGUACCUUCUGUUCCUUCUUAGGAAGGACAUUGGAGGAUUGGAAAUCAUGUUCCAUCCUUCCCCAAGGAAGAAAACAAGUAUGACGCAGAGGAGGAGAAUGAUAUUAAAAAGAACACCGUAUCCUUGGUUGAAGAGGAAGAGCCUCCCCCUAUUCCAGUGGAACAAGCUGUACCUGUUACAGAGGAUAACGACAACUUCGCACGCGUGUAAGUAAUUUCCCUAAAAGCUUGAUUUACAGUGACACGUUUGGAAAAAGGGAGGCUAUUAAGACAGAGCCAAAGUAUAUAAUUAUCAGGAGCUUCCUUUCAGAGAGAAUAUUUUAAAUAGGCCUGGCCAGGAAAUGGAUUUCUUGUAGGAGAUCUGAAUCUCCACCCCACCAGUAGCAGUUUUUCCUUGGGGUCUAAGUCAGAAAGGUUUGAGGGAGAAAAAUAUGAUGUUGGAGAAUUUCUUCCGGGAGUGUUUGGGCCAUCAAGUGAAGAGAAGCCGUUUCCUCUAAGCUUUCAAGGUAGGUAUUAACGGCUAGUACAUGUUUGCUGAAAUGAGCCAACUCUACAGGGCCCGAGAGCUCCAUUUUGCAGCAGAUGCAAACUCAGGAUGGCAGCCAGGGAAAUGGCCUUCUUCUUGGUGGCACCCAAGUAGGGAUGGGAGAGAAAUUCUAUUCAGUUUGCAUUUAAAGGCACAUCUACCUAAUUUGCACUCCCCCAAACACAGCCAUCCUUCAGAUUUUUGCCAUGCUGUUUUCUAGUCAAGUAAUGUGCACAUAAAUGCAUAUACUAGGAUAAUGUAUACAUUAAGAAGCAUAAAUUAGUAAAAAAACGCAACAGUGCAUUAUAUCAGGAAGUGUUGUGUUGCAGAAAUGUGUAUAUUAGGCAAUGCAAACAGAUGUAUAUUAGAAGAAAUUCAAACUAAAUUGCUGCUGAAUUUUCAUGAGUAUGUGGUUUUUUAAAAACCACAAACUAAUGUGGAAAUGUGGAGAAAUGAAUUUCUGCAGGUAAACUCACAUGCCAUCCUCACUUAUACAGUCAGUUUUGGGUCCCGGAUCAAGGCUCUCUUAUUUUCCAAGAAAUUGUAACUGGUAAUUAUUGUGAUGCAUCUGACGUUUAGUUCUGGCCACCCAAUGAUUUUAUUUUGCCUUUUCUCUCCUGAUCCUGCGUAUACUGUACAAGGCAAGUAUUUCCUUUGGCCCCUGACACAUAGCAGCCCAAUACAUUGCAGCAAAAGCUUCGGCCAUGGCGUAAAAGCACAGGAGCAGAACGAGGAAGGAAGGUGGCAGUCCUGUGUGCAGAUAUUCCAUGACAACGUGCUGUGUUCUGCUUUAGAAAUAGGUUUUACAGCAUCCUCAUUUCAUAGCAACGAUAUACAGAAAUACUCUUUAUGGCAAACUGGUCUAAUUUUGCGCUUCUAACGGCUGAGAGGUUAGAGGUGCGAGGCUCUUUGAUUCCGAAUGAGCUCAUACAUUCUAAAAUGUAUAAAUCUUUCAUGGGGCUUUGUAAUGUAUACUGUGCCAGAGCAUAAGAACAGUAAAAUUAAACUCUGGCUAAGUGCUUCCUCAGUUUUAAAUAACUUCCUUGAUGUAACAUAAUGAAGCCUUUGUAUUAUUAAACAUUUUAAUAACCUUGGGCAAAAGAAUGUAACCUUCCUAUACUGCCACAGCUCCCCAGGGAAUAAUUCCUAUGACCCUUUUGCCUGGAGCUUGAUGCGCUUGGGCAGGAAAAGAUGCUGAGCGCAGCAACAGUUGAGGAUCCGCACAGCAGGAUCGGUGCUGAUGGUUGGUGUGCAACUGGUGUGCUGGUUUCAGGAGACUGAUUUGCUCAGUGUCGUCUCAUGUCCUAAGGCAGGAACGGGAAAGGAAUUUGGUUUUCAAUGCACCCCCUGCCCAACUUGCUCUGACCAAAACAAUAUGCAAACCGAAGCAAGGCUAUUCUUCAAAACGUACCCUCUGAUUUUUGUGAUGCAGUUUCACAACCCAAAAAUGUCUACAAAUUAAACGCACGUAUUAGGAGGAAUUUUGUGUAAAAACGCAUACAUUAGCAAAAAUGAUAUCGAGGUUUAGUUGUUUAAAUAAUUAAGACUGCAGUCCUGUGCACAUUUAUCUGGAAUUUAGCUCCAUCGGUGCUGACUCCCAGCUAAAUGUGCAUAGUACUGGUGCCGCAAACCAAUUAAAGAUUUAUUUUGUUCAUUUAAAAUAUUUAAAUAUAUUGAAGCCUCUUCUGUGAAGAAGCCUUGUCUCUUGACAGUUCUUUGAUUUAGCCUUACAGCAUGGUCUCAAACUUUAGGUUCACCUCUGUCUCAUCCUGAGAGCUUCUGUUUGGGUGUUAUAGGAAUCUGACAAUACUCAGCAUUGGCGCUAUGAAAUAUUUUCUUUGGUUGCUUUGUUUGAUUCAUCCAUCUGAUUUGUUCAGCCCUGUUAAGCCGACUGAGAGGGAUGGAUAGUGAACUACACUUCAGGGUAAACAUACCAUUUGGCCUCUAAUCCUAGUGCUGUAUUAUACCAUUAAAUAAAAGUGUAUGCAUCUUCAGAAGUCGUGAUCCUUUGUACACAGAAGGGCAGUUCAGGAACGCCAUAAAACAAAUUGUGGAAUGUCAGUUCAUUUUGCUUUUUGAUUUCUGUCUGUCCAGGCUGAAUAUAUGGGACAACACAAUAUUAGGUAAAAGAUACAAAGAGGGGAAAACACAGAAGAGAAGAAAACAUACUGUUUUCAACAGAACUGCUGUGAUAAAGCCAACAGGUAUGUCAUUAAUUUGAUGAAUUCAGCAACAUUUGGACAUCUUAGUGGAUGCAGCCAAUCUGUUGGCUUAAAGCAAGGGUGGGCAUCCUUCAGCCUAAUGCAGGGCAGCCUUCAGUCCCAAGUUCAAAAGCAGUCUCAAGCAAUCAUUCAGACCUGGGGGGGGGCAUAGCUCAGUGGUAAGAGCAUCUGCCUUGCAUGCAGAAGGUCCCAGGUUCAACCCCCCAGCAUCUCCAGGAAAGGCUGGGAGAAAUUCCUUGCCUGAAACACCUGGACAAUAGUGAGCUAGAUGGACCAUUGUUCUGACUUGAUAUAAGGCAGCUUCCUAUGUUCCUUACCUAUGGCAAGAGCCACCAGUCCUUGUUGAGUUGAGUUGAGUUUGGAUUUGCUAUCCCGCUUUAUCAUUACCCUAAGGAGUCUCAAAGCGGCUAACAAUCUCCUUUCUGGUUGGGGAAGAAGAAAAAGAAAAAGGAAGAAGGGAUAGGCUUCUGGCCCCACCCAUUCCUGACUUUGACCCUACCCACAGUUGGGAUGUGACUUCUGAUAGAUUGCACCUGAGGGAAUCAGGCCUACAAAAGAAAAAAUGGUUGCCCAUCCCGGGCUCAAAGAAAUGAAUUCAGAUAUUUGUAGAAAUUGCUGCUAGUGCUAUGGGAGUUUGGAGUUUUGUGAGAGCAUGGGAUGUCCCAUACUGGGCCUGCAUACAACGUGGGCUGCUGAUGUAUUCCAUCCUUGAUGCAGCGCCUCCCACCCAGUGCUAUUUUUCAAGGAAAAGAGGGGCCAGAACUCACCAUGAAUGCCUCCCUUGUUCUCCUAUAAUGGCAAUGGCACCCACCUGAGAGGUGAACCCCUGCUCAUACCUCAUAGAAUGCCAUGCCUUCACUCCCCUCACAUUUUGCGGGGGGCAGGAUUGGUUUGGGGGAUGGAAUGCGGGAGACUGUCACUGGAAGGAAAUAGCUGAAAAGCCCCAGCAUGGCUUGUUGGGUCCCAGCCAAGGGAUAAAUUGCAAGAACUAGUCAAGAACUUCCCAUUGAUGGGAAACCUCAAUGAAAAGAAUCAUAUUUAUCUUAUGUAAAUGACAGAUUUCGUGACGUCUGCUUGGAAAACUUGCCUGUUAAUUAAAAUUAAGGGUUAUGGCCCUCCCUUUCUUAAUGCGGAAGAUUAAGAGUUUUCCUUGGCAGAACUUAAUAAAAAAUGGCCAGUGAAUCUCGCUGCAUAUGCAUCUGUGUUUAUCCAGCUGAAUAUUUCUCAGUUGUGGAAGUGGCAUAGUAUGAUUAGGCACAAAACAUUAGCUUUGCUUCAACUGCAAUUGUGCUGAUAUGUGAAAUGAUUUUCUGCCUUUGGAAUAAUCCUCUGGUUUGAAAAGUUGUAUUUAGGUCAUUAAAUAUUGAAGCCCUGGAGGAGACGACAGAAAUGAAUGAGAGCGACUUUCUUCUGCACCCUGACAAAUACUUUGGGGGAAAGUUGGCGGAGAAGGACUCUGAAGAUUUAAAGCUGCCUACCCUUUCGGCAAGUAAGUAGACCUUCAUUAUAUCCUCAUUACUCUAGCUCCUGCUAGCAAGAGGCAAAAAUAAAGGUCACCAGCUUAUCUCUCUUAAAAGAAAGUAACGGUAAUAGGAAAGUCUAGAAUUUAUCACUUGGCCACUGGCAAGCCUUUGAGGAUGUGACAAGCCAGGAAGUUGCUGGAAGCAGGCAAUCCAAGCCGUAAACAAGGUUGGCAUGUUAAAUAUGUCACUUGCCGUGGUCAAAUGGUUAGGGCGCUUGCAGAGCAAGCCUGUACUCAAGCUGUGACCACUGAAGGAUCAAAGGGUAUGGUGGAUGCUCAGUUACUCUGCUGGGAUAGGAGAUACGCUGCUGCCACCAUGACAGAUAGUAUUGGGCAGACAAAUGAAUAUAUUGUGCAUGGUUAAAUGGUGGAAUUUGCUCCCAUGAGAUGUUUUCUGUACGUGCAACAUCUUGUGUGAGGUGUUCAUUAUUGUUAUCCAGGAUGGCCUGAAGCGGAUGUUGAGCUUGUGGUCCAGUCCCUGCCUAAAGUCUUCUUGAGUCAGCCACAGGUGGAUUUCGGAACUGCGAGACUCCUUUGCUUUGUAGCUUUGCCCAGCCAAAGAUACGAGGACCGUUUUGCUGGCCAGAGCAAAAGUCUCCAGGAAGGAGCUCCAGUUCAUGAGCAGCCCCCAAGUAGGAGUGGCAGGAGGGAGCUGCCUCUUGCUGUUGGUAGCUGAUCACUGGAGGUCUUUUGCAUGAACACAAUGGGCAUAGCUGUCAACCUUCCCUUUUUUGGCGGGAAAUUCCCUUAUUCCAGCGCUGUUUCCCACUGCUAUCCUGGAUUGUUAGAUAUCCCGUAGACUGUCCCCGGGACAGAUGAGGCUGCUGAUCCCUUAUUUUCAAAUCUGAAAGUUGACAGCUAUGACAAAGGGGCUUGAUGAACUGCUUUAUCCAGAUUCCAUUAAGCCCAGUACUGGCCAGCCAGACCACAGCAGAUCUGCACAGGCUGAAGUGGUGCUUUCCCUAGGCCUGCUGCCCAAGAUCCUUUCUGAGCCUGUGUUUUCCCUUCCACAAAACAAUGACAUCACACCUGUUCCUGGUUUCUUACCCUCCCUCCCUUCUUCUAGCUAGUUUUUAAGGGAAGUCCAUUCUUUUUGCUCAAAAACAAGCGAACAUCUGCCCACACUGAAUUCUUCAACAGCAAACAUCACUUUUAGAAAAUAAAAUAAUUGUUGACAAAAGACCCUUCCACUGCACCCAGAAGAAUUCCACUCAUUUCUCUCUCUCCCCUUGGCUAAUUUUUGAACGUGAUUUCUCAACACAAGUACCCUCAAGGAUGGGCAACCACAGGUCUGAGGGCUGAAGGUGGCAGUCCAAGCCAGGUCACACACACUUCUAAGCCACUCCAUCAGCCCUCAAUGAGUGUUCUUGAAUUCUGAUAAUGUUUCCUGCUUGCCUGGAUGGAAGAAAAAGACGGGUGCAUUAGAGUGUGCAGAAACUAGCCAACCUUUCUUGCUGGUAUCUGUCCAUCUUGAGAGACAAUGGAGUGCGCCUCUGGGGCGGAAGUCAAACUGCUGUGUUAGCAGCUCUGAAGUGACCUUCUCGGGGCGCAAGCCUGGGCAGUGUGUCUGGACAUCCGGAGUUGUCCAGACAACAAGACUCCCCUCUUGGCCUUGCUUACGUGGUCCAUAGGAAAGUUGAGAAAUACGUAUGGCACCAGAUUGGCAGGAGUUGCUGGAAGGAGGCGUACAAGCCACUAGCCAACUGUCUUAGGGACUCCACUCUGGAUUUGUGUAGGGUUUACUUCUUAGCCCUUUCUUCUCCUGAAUAUGUCUCUCAAGGCAGCAGAGGGUUAGAAUCAGAGUUUUCCUUCUCCUGGCCUUCCUAGGUUGACAAGCCCCACCUGCUCCUUAGCCUACUGUACAAAGGUAAAUUUUGUGUUCAUUGCUCUACUCACCUUUGUCUCUAGCCAUACCCACCACUGGUAAGUGGCUCCCUGGAAGGUUGCUCAGAAAAAAAGGUGGUGCUUGGGCUGUAAAAGGUUCCCUACCCCUUUGUUGAUUGAUGGAGAAUAGUUGUGGGGACAUCAGAAGAAGUGUUUAGCAUAGUGCUGCUCAGAAGAGACUGCCUUCGUGGCAGCAGAUUCUUCACCAAAGGCUUCCUCAGAUCAUUCGUAGGCUAUAACAGUGAAUGGAGCUGGUGCAGGAGAAAGGCUAUUUUCAUAUCUCAGCAUCAGAACUCCUGACUUGAUUGAGGGAAAAAUAUAUCUUCCAGCUAGAUAAGAAGAGGCAACAGAGAAUUAGAUGGAAAGCCCCCUGAGGGGGAAAAAGGAGAGAAUUAAAUGGGAGUUUAUGCUGAUGAUUCAGCACAGCCCAAUGACAGCCCCCACAUGGCUCCAAAAAGCAAUUAAAAAAAUUAAAAUAUAAUCCUUUUGGAGGCUGGAUCAAUUCCCAAAGAGCUUUUUUGACUAGCCAGGUGCAUCAUCUUAGUUGGCAAAAUGCUGAUUUUUCUUUGCUGUCGUUAAUCUUGCCAGAAUUUUGGAUCUUUCCCUGCUCCCCAGGAGCUUUGGAUACAAAAUGCUAUUAUUAAAUUUAUAUGAAGCACUUCAGAAUUUUUCUCAUUAAUCCUCCUGAAACUCCUGUUUUAGGCACUAAAUAAGCUAACUAAGACUAAAUAAGCUUUCAUGUUAACUUUCAGUAAGGAGUUUGCAACCAUUAAAGAUUCAGAAGGUUUUUGUUUUGGUAUCCAGGGUGAUCAAUCUCUCAUUGUCAUAAAAAUGUGUAAACCUCAAUGUUUACUUUGGAAGUCAUAUUGCUAUGCAGUUUGAGCCCUUCUCCUCACCCUUAAAAUGGAUGGAGGUGAGUGGAAUAUUCAAGUGAGGAAGAAUACAGCCUCUGAUAUGAAGCUCUUUCAUGCACCAACUGGACAAUAUAAUUUUGGAGUCAGUGGUGAAUCCUAAGUCCUGGAUUUGUCUGUUCACUUGAAUAGGCACAUGGAAGCCUAUGUAGCUGAAGUUAUGGUUCAGCUGCAGCCACCUUCUUAUUCACAUACACAGAGAUCUAGGUCUGCGGUUUGUGUGGCCUCCAGUGGGUGAGCCAACAGCAGGCAGGAGAUCAAGGAAGCAGCACUGGUCACAGGUGUUUAACCCAGGAGGGAGAGGUGCUUUACAAAGCACUUUAGCAAAGUGCCCACUUCUUUAAAAGGGGAUGGAGAUUGGGAAAGCGGUUGGCAGGGUUGACGAGUGAAGUGAGCUGGGGCAAGGCCCCUAGUAAUUCUACAAGGGAGCGGGUGGCACUGUGGUCUAAACCAGUGUUCCCCAACCUUGGGCCUCCAGCUGUUUUUGGACUACAAUUCCCAUCAUCCUUGACCACUGGUCUUGCUAGCGAGGGAUGAUGGGAGUUGUAGUCCAAAAACAGCUGGAGGCCCAAGGUUGGGAAACACUUGUCUAAACCACUGAGCCACUUUUGCUUGCUGAUCGGCGGUUCGAAUCCAUGCAGUGGGGUGAGCUCCCAUUGCUCUGUCCCAGCUUCUGCCAACCUAGCAGUUUGAAAACACAUCAGGCAAGUACAUAAGUAGGUACCACUACUACGGGAAGGUAAACGUCAUGUGAUGCGCUCUGGCACUCAUCACAGUCCUCCGUGUGCCAGAAACAGUUUAGUCAUGCUGGCCAUAUGACCCAGAAAGCUGUCUGUGGACAAACGCCGGCUCCCUCGGCCUGAAGCGAGAUGAACACCACAACCCCAUAGUCGCCUUUGACUGGACUUAACCAUCCAGGGGUCCUUCCCCCUCUUUUUUACCUUUAAUUCUACAUGAAUGGAUUUUUAUGUGAGUGGUAUUAUUUGCCAGCUGGAUACAUGCAACUUAACAGCUUUCCCCAGCAUUUUGGAGCUUAUGUGAACACAGAAAGCCCUUAACAUGUUAAACCAAAGGGGUUUUUUGUUUCUUAAUUGCUAUAGGAUGACGACUUACCAAUAAAUAGGCUGUGUUUUGUAUUGCUUUCUUCCUCUCAUUCAUUUUCAUAUUCACCACAAGUCUUCUCUCUUCCUCUCUCUCUCUCUCUCUUAAAAUAAAGAUGAACCGGUCCCGUUGUAAUGGGGUUAUUUAUGAAUUUUCUUUAUUUUCGUCCUGUAGCCCUGAAAGCUGCAUUUGAUGAAAAGAACUUAUUCCCCAAAGAAAUUCUGGACCGUGAAAAAAAAUCAAGGCAGCUGCAUGAGGAAAUGUGCAACAGAGGCAGGAUAACAAACGAGAGAAAGCAAGGGAAGUUGAAAGGAAAAUGAAUCAAGCUUUGCCUCAAAAAAAGGAGGUAGGUAUGAAGGAUGCCACCUGGUGAUGACAUGAGGCAAGCGUUGGCCCGUUGAGAAGGAGGCAGGGGAAAGAGUCUAAAGACAGCUUCUGAGGUGAUAAAGGGGUUGGGUAGGUAAUUCCUCUAAAGAAAGUCUACAGACCCUGCGUGUGAGAGAGCUUCCCUAGAUAAAAGAUAGGGAACAACAAAAUUCCCUUGGAAAUCCUGGAUUUGUCCACCAUGGAAGCCCCCACUGUUUGCUAUGCAAUUGCUUUGCCAUGGAACUGAAAACUGAAAACUGAGACACAGUGUUGUGUAAUGGUUAGAGUGCUCGACUUCUUGCUGGACCUUGGUCUUCCUCAUCUGUCAAAUGGAGCCAACAUCCCCUGUUAAUGCCGAAUUCCUUAACCAUAUAAACUCCCUCCCUCCGUGUGUGUGUGUGUGUGUGUGUGUGAGAGAGAGAGAGAGAGAGAGAGAAUGUAUUUGACUUGCUUUAUAGUCUAUGGCAGGCUUCCUCAAACUCGGCCCUCCAGAUAUUUUUGGCCUACAACUCCCAUGAUCCCUAGCUAGCGGGACCAGUGGUCUAUGGCUUGCUUGCCUGCUUUUGUCACCUGGAGCCAUCUACCAGUCCCAGCUUUCCGAUUGCAUAUGGAUUGUGUCGACCUUGUCAUGCAAGCUAUGCCGCUGGACUUUGAUCGCUGCCCCUCCCACUCAUACACUGGAGUGUGUCCCUGUGAAAUGCCAGAGGAUCUGCCAGGGGUGUUAAGCUUAGCUGAGAUGCCCUCCCCCUGUUGUUAAGAGCGGGGCUAUUUUCAGCCGUAACUCAGUUCCAGUACCUCUCAGGUGGGCACCAUUGCUAUUAUAAGGGAACAAAGGAGGUGUUCAUGGUGAGUUCCAGCACCUCUUUUUCCAGAAAAAUAGCACUGGUUCGGAGUACACAGCUUGUGUCCUGUGCAGUCACAGAAUGUCCUGUUCUCUUUUUAAAAGAACUUUGCCUGUUACACCCAAUAAAUAAUACAUUGUACAUAAUCUCGGCUCCAGUACAUUGAUAUUACAUUUUGUUAGGUUAUAAUAUAUCAUAUUACAAUGCUUUUUUUGCAAAACCCUUGCUUCUGUCUCACAAAUUGGAUGGAAACAGUUGACCCAGAUCACCUUCUCCUCCUUGUCUCUGCCCCAGUUCUUUAAACUUCACCAAAAGAAUUAGCUAUAAACUAAUUCUACAGGUUUUUUGUUUUUAAAAGCCUUUCUGGUUCCCCUCUCCCUUUAAUAUCUUAAUGCAUCCUUGAUCAUUUGUGUGGUUUUGCUCUCUCCACUGCAUGCUUAUUAUUGGUCUACAUUUGCUUGAUAAUGGGGCCUCUGAAGGGAUGUAGCCAGACAUCCUCACUAGGUCCAUGGCUCAGUGAUAGAGAAGGUCCCUGGUUCAAUUCCCGGCAUCUUCAGGUUGGGCUGGGAGAGUUCCUGACCUGAAACCCUGAGGAGACACUGCCAGUCAGUGCAGACAAUACUGAGCUAGAUUGACCGAUGGUCUGACGGGGUACAAGGCAGCUUCCUGUGUUCCUGAGGUAAAGUCACCUUUUUCUGAUUGGGGCUUUGAAGAAUGGAGAAUCAAUGGAACCAAUGUGUCAGAUGCUGAUAGUGGUUGCUCGUGAGUAACCAGGCAGGACUCCGACCUGUCUUUUACAGGUUUUAUUGUGCAAACUAGAUAGAUAGAUAGCACGGAGCAAUGGAUCCAAACUACAAGAAAGAAGAUUCCACCUAAACAUUAGGAAGAACUUCCUGACAGUAAGAGCUGUUCGACAGUGGAAUUUGCUGCCAAGGAGUGUGGUGGAGUCUCCUUCUUUGGAGGUCUUUAAGCAGAGGCUUGACAACCAUAUGUCAGGAGUGCUCUGAUGGUGUUUCCUGCUUGGCAGGGGGUUGGACUCGAUGGCCCUUGUGGUCUCUUCCAACUCUAUGAUUCUAUGAUUCUAUGAUUCUAAUUUAUUACGGUCGGAGACCAAUUGUGCAAACUAUUUACAGUGUAGAUCUACAAAGUUCAUGUCCGUCUUAGUCACUUGCAGAAUCCGGGAGUGGCCCCUUCCAGCUUCUCCUUCAACAUAAGAACUUUGGCACCCCAAACCUCCUCCUCCCCUCCUUGCAUUUCACGCCUCUGCACAAGCUGGGUGACGGAAGUGGCUUGCGUCCCUCCUGGGCAGCCUGGCGAGGUGAGGCGCUGGGGUUCUCAGCAGCAUCCUCGAGCCCUUUCCUCGAGUGGCUGGCCCCUUCCCUCUCUUCUCCACUGGAGGUGUGGCUUUUCUCACCGCUGGAAGAGGAACUGCUCCUCAGGGGUUUCAGAGGCUCUCUGUAUCCCAACGGCCUCCCUGCCUCCCUCCCUUGUUCCGAUGGCAGUCCCCUGACACAAUGGAACCAAUGGAUCUGUUCUGAGCAAGACUAACACUGCAUAGAAGUUGUAUAAACUAAAUAAACUUGACUAUGCUUCACCUAAGUGGAAACAAGGAGUCUUUGUGUUGUACAAACCUAUUCACUUCAUUCUCAAUAUUUCUUUUCCUUUGCUAGAGCGAGGUUUUGCACAGCAUUGCUAGACCCUAG